ACGGGAUGGCUCAAAUCAAAUGCGGAAGUUUACACCCAGUAAAGCUGCUGCCGCCACAAGCAGGAUGAUUUGAGUGUUGACAUGACAGUUGAGCAGCUGUAGCGAGGGGGAGAAGAAGCGGCGAGCCGUUGACAGGGAGGCGGCACGAGACCGCAGGAAAAACAGCAAAUCCAGCGCGGGGCGGACUGGACUUCAGACCCACACACAUGGCUUCUCUAGGCAGCGCGGAGCGACGGGCUUUCGCUCUGAAAAUCAACAGGUACAAAACGUAGCCGUAGUUGUUUUGGCUUCAGGUUUAGUUCAAGGAGUGAGUGGGAACUUUUCUGGUGCCUCUCCACUUAGACUCGGGAGGGAGUGAGCCCUCCUGUCUUGACAGUUGGAUGGCUUUCAAGAGUGGAGCAGGCUGCCACAUGUUGUGAAUGUUAAUGCAGCAGAUUUGUUCACUGUCCCAGAGAGAAAAAAGCAGCCUGGAGGAGAAGAAACAAGCAACUUUCUCGGAAGAAUUAUGACAGUGGAUGCAUGUUUGGAGAAAAAAUGACAGCCACGUGACAAAUGACUCUAAUGAAGGCUCAGUAUUUGACUUACAGCUACAUACAAAUGAGCUACACACAGAAGUGGAGAAAUGAUACUAAUUCUUUGGCUCUUCAGUUGUAAAACUCAAAUACUUUUUUAACAUUGACUUGAAUGAAAAUGAUCAGAACACUGUGUUGACUUUUUCAACUAGUAUGAUAAUUUUCCCUUCUGUGUAAGGUCUGACUUGCUCAUACAGCUGCUAUAAAUGAGGACUGAUGUGGUCAUAGUUCCGGCUAUGAUGACACUUGCCAGGUGUGGAGGAAGUAUGAAGCCUACAUGGAAGUCUAUUGUGUACCAUUCCUCCUCUGUAGUGCUGCUCUUUAAAAAAAUACACUAAUACUUCCUAUGAUUAGCAGUGCGGACAUAUGAAGCUCUUGCAUGUCCUGUAAGCUCAGAUCACUUGUUUUCAUUCCCUUUAUGGAAAUAAACAGAGGCAAAGUGCAUGCAGGGAUUAGUUUUUGGUGAAAUUUAGCAGAUGAUGGAUGAUGCAGAGACAGUUGUAUAUAUGGUUCUCCAAAGGCGCUCUUGUAAUCCCUAAAAUCUGAUUCUGUGCGUCUGCAGCUCUGGACUUUUAAAGUUGAUCAUCUAUAACUUUAUGGCAUUGGUUGUAGUGUAAAAUAGAAUAACUGCAAUAAGUGAUGCAACUGUUUCUGAAAGAAGUUUGACUAUGUCUGCGAAGCUGUUUUCGAUUAUUUUUUUUAUUGAUGAUCUGCUAGUUAUUUUCUUGAUUGCAAAGCCAGAUGUUGUAGGCAAAGUAUCAGAGUUAUGUUCUGUCCACCAACAGCUUUAUAAGUCAGGGAAAAACCACAUCAAAACGCCGAAAACAUUUAGUGUUACACCCUAAAACCAACUCUUUUUUGACAAUUAGUCUCUCUUUAAUAAGAUUAGCAGCAGAUUUAUUAUCAGUUUAAUCCACAAACUAUUAUAGUUCAAGUGCAAAGCAUUCUUUUGGUGUGAGAUCACCUCUCCUCCACCACAGUGAAUGUAUUAUACUCUUGUUUUUAACAGCCAGGAGAAGUCAUAGAUAUGUGCUGUGCUAUGCUGAUGCUGAGCUGUGCAGAGCUCAGCUGCUGAGGGAUGUGAGGGAUCUUAGUUCACAGCCCGAAUCCAGUGAUGAGCCAGCAGCAGCAGCAGCAGCAGCAGCAGAAGAGGGUUUGUUUAGAAGAUGCUAUAGUGUGGCACAGCACUGUGUUGGCUUCAAAGUAUCAAACAGCUCACACAGCCAUGAAGAGAUAAUGUAAGUCACGCUCACUGAUAAUGAUUUCUCAGAAGUUAAGUGAGGGAAUCAAAAUUAAAGUGGUUCUUCAACACACAGAAAGACAUAAUCUGUGGGCAAAUGAUGUCGAAAAAGUUUGACAGCUAAAGAAAAAGAUAGUUUUUCCUUCAGCUUGCCUUGCCUUAGUGGGUUAAAUAUUUUGUGUAUUAACUAGAGGUGGGGGUUACUCAAAGAGAGACUCACUUUUUGCUUUUCCCAGUCCAAAGGAUAAGAAAUGUAGUCAUUUAGCUCAUUUUAGUUCACUUAUAACAGUUGCUAAUCAGUGCAAACCAGAAGUCAAUUUUCACGCAGGGCUAGGUGUAUCAAGGACCCCCCUCCUCCUUUGAGGUCCUGGGUUGUCAGUCCCACUUUCCCCACACCACCCACUGAUGAGCAUUACCAGCCUCCAGUCCUUCCUGCAGGACAGGUCCACAUUUCUGCACUGGUUACCCAUUGCUCCAGUUGAGUUGUUUUAAAGCCCACUAAUAACGUUAUCUCUGUCGUCUAGCUCUGCUACGAGAAGCCAUCUGCCGUCUGCCCUCGUCUCUUAACCAACUAGUAAUUCCGGUGCCGACUAUUGAAGGUGACAGUGUUUAAGCCAAAUCCUGUCACCCCUUUACAGAAAGUAGCAAAAAGAUGAUAAAGUCAAAAUCUCAUAUCAACUGAGAUUACUCUGUGAGUUCUCUAGAUUUCCGGUAUGUGUAAAUACAAAGAAUCAUGUCCAUUAUAUUCAUUAUUCAUUCAAUCUGUGGAGCUAGUCAUGGCCACAAACCACGUAGACAAAGAGGAACGGUGGCCUUGCAUGGAUACUGAAGUUUGUGGCUAGUAUUAUUGUUGAUUGGUGCAAAAAAGACAAGUUCAUAUGUACAGUUGCUGACUAUUUCCUUCAGAUUUAUUACUGAAUAAGGAAUUCACCUUUUUUCUCUCUAUUUCCUUGAUGGUCUUAAGAGCAGUUCCUCUCUUUAUCUCUUUAUCAGGACAGAGUGUGAAGGAAAUCCUGCACUGUGGACUCUGCUGCCUUGGUUUCACUUCACUUUUUUUAUUUGUGGCAGUUUUGAAUCAGGAAAUGCAUGAUUCAAUGUAAGCACAUGAAAAAAGGGAAUGGAAAAUACCGUCUGUAAGAAAACGUGUCAGUCGGGAACGCAAACAUAUCAAUGAAUUUCAAUGAAUGGUUCUCAUGUAGCUUAACAAUUAAUAUUCUCCAGUUGACCACUUUGUUGCUUGCUGGCAUAUGGUAGCAGGUGCAAGGACAGCUGUGGACAUGGGGGCCUCUGUCGUUCAAUACUCCUAAGUGGUAGAGGGGUCCGGAUUGAGUUGCAUCUGGUUUCCUCUGGGCUCGUCUUGAUGACAUCUGUUAACCCUCAUGACUGUUGGUGGUCAGCCAUGGGGUGUCGAGUGGUGAAAAAAAAGAUUCAAAACUUCCCCUUCAAAAACUUUUGAUAAAUGUCUUCUUGACCUGCGGUUGAAUCUCUAAAACUCAGCUGUAAGUUUUUCCUUCUUUUUUUGGUCACUUCUUCUUUCCCGGAGCUGCCAAAUGACUGCUGCUUGUGCAUGCCUCCCUCUGACAGGAAGUCAAGCUGUGAUGGUGCUGAUAGCAGUAAGACCCAUUAAGUCUGCAGACAUAUGAUAGUAUGAGACACACUGUGGGGACAUCCCUUCGGUCAGCUUUUCUCCCUCUUGUCAUGAACACCACACCAGUCGGUUUUCCUGUGAAUCUCAGACUUUUGGAUGAGGGACAGUAUGCAAGCUGAAGGAACCCUAGCAUCCACUGGAAUGACUAGAUAAUAAUUUUGAAAAGAGAUAAUUAUGGACUGUCUAGUCAAGCAGUGUGGCGGCCUGGGGUCACAUCAUGAGGAUUAAAUGAAUAAAAUGUGUGAAAUUUUGUAUUUGGCUCCCUGACGGCAUGUGAAUAUCAUGUAUGCAGCUGUCAGAAGCUGUGAAACCUCUUUUUCAGUGGAAGAUUCAGUUCAAGAAACCCUUGUUCAAUAAUUCCAGAAAUGCUGACAGGAACUCUCCAUAUGCACACACAGCAAGUCCAGGCCUGCCAUAGACAGUGUGACGUGACAAAAAGGGGCUGGCCCUUUUUCUAUAGGGAGGGGAUGAUGUAAGGUUUUCACUCUGCAGACUACAAUAAGAUCUUUUCUUCCUUGGCUGUGAGUCCUUUUGGAAGUCAUCCAGCAGUUGUGAAGAAAUAUCCUUUAAGUGUGGUGCAAUAUAAUGAAAAUCUCAGUGGAGUGAUUAGCUGCUGUUGUGCAGCUGAUGAUGAGUCGAGGUUUCACAUUAAAUGACCCCUGAAGUCUAGCUGUAUUAUUAUUAACACACUGGAGGUCUGUUUGACAGCUCAUAUGUGCUUGAAUUAAGAGAGUCAUACCCAAAGCUGCUUAUCAGACACCAUUUCAUUCAUUACUUAAUGAAAUUACCAGUAAAAAUAAUAUUUUUUUUCGUACAAAUUCAUGAUUAUUGCACCAAAAUAGUGUACGCACUGAGUGUUUUUUUUUAAAACUGUGAGCCUAAUCUGUCAUCAUCCUGAUUUAGCUGGAGUUUUCUGUCAGCUGUAAUUCUGGCUCUGCGCCGACUCCUAGGGAACAGCUGUUUUAAAUGUACAUCCUCAUCAGUGUUGAUUACCACUUCUAAUUAUAUCACAUGAAAAAAGACAGCAGGAAACUGGUGAUUAUUGCUUACAGGCUUUGUUUUCAGUGAGGAUAAUACCUUUUAAAACACCCUGCCAUUGAUUUUCUGUGGAUUAGUUUGGUUUUAAUUGAGACAUUGAGGCAUGUAAUAACAAGACAACCAGCAUACUAACGUGCACUUAAGACAUCAGGUUACUCACAGAUAUCAAGUGUACAGAGGAUAUCCUUCAUUGUGUUCAGAUGUAACCUGGAUACCACCAUGAGCUUGUAUACAUGCCCCAGAUUUGAACUUGGAUUAUACCUCUAUCUUGACUUUGUUUUGCAACCAACCUCUCAUUCUAAGACGUGUAUUUUUGUUAGUUAUUCGCUGCAUCAGUACACUGCCACUGCACUGCAUAUAAUAGACAUUGGUUUGUUUAAAGCUCCUGUGAGGAAUUUUCAACUGGUUAUGCAACAGAUGGAAACCAAUACUGAUGCAUCUUUAUGGCCUAGAACAGGGGUUGACUUAUAUUAGCUUUUCAGGGCUGAUACUGAGACCAGUUAGUAGUUCAUUGGGCUGAUAACCAAUAUCUGGAACUGAUUUGUAUUGGUGGUAAAAACGAGAAACGUGCAACAUCACAUGGAGGAGUUUACAGUCAACCUAUAGUACAUCUAAGAGACAGAUCUAGUGGGUGGGCCAUCAGGUUAGGAAGAAUGGAUAAAAACUGAUCCAGAGGGAAAGACACUGGCGGUGGAGCCAAAGUAGAGCGCUUUGUACUUUACUAACUUUAUCCACCACCUGUAAAGCAAAUGUUGAUGCAGAUUAUCGGUCAAGUGUGUUUACUAGUCCCAAUAACUGGCUAAGGCUACCCAACAAAAGCAAACAAAACCAGCGGCCAAAAGAUUGACUAUUUCUACAAUGCAAUUUGUGAUACCUGUCACUGCUCCCUCAGGGUAGGUGUCAGACAGGAACAUUUACAAGAUAGCAUUUUCUGCAACAAGCGUUUACUGUGAGUGACUUAUUUGACUGUGAAGAAAUAACAAAGCUGCUGUUUUGCAUAGCGGUCUGAGUGUAAACCCCAUGUACAAGGGCUGUUGUCCUUGUUAGACCAGUCACUGGUCCAAAUCAUUGUCUUCCAACACUCUUUGCUCCCCACCUUUUCUGUCUCCUCUCAAUAAGGCAAAAUCCCUCUCCUUCUUUUGUUAUUGUAAAAGACCUCAGGACAAAGACACUUCCUAUGUAUGUACUGUGCAGCAGCUAAGUUCUCAUGAUCAUACUAAUGCAAGUUCAGGUAUUUGAUUUUCUUUGUAUUGUAGUUAAAAAUUUGGGGACUUUCUUGCAUGUUGCUGCUCAGUAGAGUUGCAGCCUAUUCUGGUUUGAUGAGGGCGAGUCUGCUCGCAUUUAUUUUAGUAUGACAUCAUCGCUGUAAAAGACUGGUGGUGAAGAAUAUGCCUCUUGGGGUCUGCUGUGAUGGUUAUGUGCAAGAUCUCAAACCUGACGCCUUCUCCUCUGAUAAAGCUACUCACUGUCUCCUUCAGUAUCUUGUUUUUUUAAGACUGAGGUAGAUUGACCCUUAUUUACCAAAGCUCUUGGCCUCUCGUGACCUCUCACCUGAGUGCAUUGCAGUCAAACAUUUGUCCCCUGUAAAGUGUUGUCUUUUGGAUUAUCUAUUUGAAUUCCUCACAUGUUGUCUAAAUAGUUUCAUUCAGGGUCUGAGACAAAGGGAAUCACUUGCAAUGAGUGAGUAAAAAUCUUACAGGUGUAGUCAUAACAACAGGUUUGUGACAUACAAUGAGCUUCUUUUGCUACCCAUUUACUAAAACCCUGGAUCUUGACUUUCUUACAACAGCAGCUCUGGUUUUAUUUAAGAAUGAAUGCCGACUAAAGGGAAAGUGAAAGGCAGAUGCCGCCUGCUGUGUCAAUCUGUCUACUUGAAGUUGAACAGUGUCUGCUUCGCUCUGCCGGCAAGACCUGAUUACUGUGUGACUUGCUGUUUUUUUAAGACAGGCCCUGAAAGUGUGUCAGAAUUUGCAGCUAGGCAGUCCGGCGUGCACAUGCAUCUUUGAAUGUGCAUGUAUAUGCAAAUGUUACUCUACAGUGUAUGUCCUGUAAUUGUAAGGGUCUGUGUGUGUGUUGUUUUUUUUUCGGUCUCCAGUAGCAAUAGGAGACAAGAGGGAGGGAACACAUUAGAGAUUGUGUGGGCUCAGUCUGUAUACAGGGUAGGGCAUGUUUCUUAGAAGUCAACUUAUGAGAGGAUUUUACAGGGUUUAGAGUGCUUCAAAGUGCAAUACAGCCCACAGACAAUCUGUCCUUGGGCAAGAAAAGACCUUCUUGUGUGCCGGCUGGAAUAAAACUUACAUAUCUAAGCAGAGACGCACACAGCUGCAUAGUUUAUGUACCACACGCCUUUUUUUUUUUAACGGCAUGAGCUAUUCAAGCUAGUAAUACAUAACAAGGACCACUCCUCUUCAGUUAUUAUACAAAGUGAAGCACUCUUAAAACGAAACCAAGGAGGAGAUGUGUGAGGCAGAUGUCAUAACUUUGCUCUGUGAGGAGGAGCUGAGGGAGGAAUCAUUCCUUAUGUUGACCUGAAGCUUUCUGCAGCUUUAAGCUUUAAAGGCUUAAGUGAUUUGAAGCUUCAAAUUUCAAGUUGUAAAUCACUAUUUACCCUUUGGCAUUUAUUUAGUUGAGCCUGCCCAGUAUUGCCAGGCGAAUGUACUCUGGCUUAUUGCAGAUAUAGUGUGUACUAUAUGGGUGACAGGGUUCAUGUUUUAAGAUGAGUGCCUGUAUGAAAACUUUUCCUUUAUAGAGGAGGGGUGCAGAGUGAUAUGCUUGGAGUGGCUUUGGAGUCACUGCAAGGUUAGUAAGUACUAGCAGGUCUUCAGCCUUCAGUAGAAGUCAUAAGUCUCAUGUACUGCAAGAGUGAGUCAGUUGUGUUUUUUUCAAACACAAUUAUUGAUACUCAGCCCCGAACAUAUUCAUAAUUGAAUCACACUGGUCAAGACCAAAAUAUAUUGCCAUGGUGAUAAAUUGUUCUGCCUCUACUCCUGUAUGUAAAUGCAUUAUUAUGGUGUAAGCUCUUGAAUGAAGUGAACUGAUGGAGAAAGCACUCAUUCUAGAAGUUCUGCAUUGUUAUUGGUGGACAAAAAAAGCUUUAUUUUCUGCCAACCUAAUAAGUUAUUGGCUGUAAAAUAUGUACUUAAAAUAAAAUAUCUUUAUUCAGAUCAUUACCUUUUGACUUUGGAUUAUGACAGUCUGUGACAGCCAUACAACAGCUUUGCAUUAUUUGCUGCUCAAGUAUUUAUCUGAUACUGGCACCUGUGAAAACCCAUCAUUUUAACUCUAUUCAGCCUCUCUCUGAAGUGAAGUCUAUGUUUUGUUGGUUGAGUUUGUUGUUGCUUGUGAGUGUACUUUUCAUACAAAUAUGAAGUCAUGAAACGAAUCAACAAUUGUGUCUUUAUAGAAAAAUUUUCAAGGCUGGCCAAUAGCGCCUACUUAGCUCCCCUUUUAGACAUGUUGCCAUACGCUAGCUCUUGCUAGUGAUUGCCAGUGAAGCUGGAUAAUGUCUGGGGUUUACACCGCCACCUGAGCAUCUCAUGUUCUGAAACUUUCCCGGAUUAUAAAAUGGACAUCCAUUUUUGAACAUUAUAUAAAUGUAUUUAAGUAGGGGUCAGCAUAAUAGGUCUGAGUUAGGAACCCUGCUGCACCCUAGUUUACUCUCUGAGUCAAACAAGUGUUGCAUAAGUUGAAAACUGUAGCUCAAGAGUGACGUUUGAAUGAGUUUGACUUGCAUGCAGAGCUGUGGUUGCUUGUGAGUAAGAGCUGGUAGUGCAGACAAGUGUAUCAGAGACUAUAUAUGGCUGCCCAUUGCACAAAUAGAAGGUAUGUGUGUUGUAAUAAACUACAUUAGAUGCAAAGACGUUUCUGUAAAGUCUCUAAACUUGAUAUCUGAAUUCUGGAUCUGAAUGUAGCGAGCAGUUAUUUGUUCAAACAAAUAGUUCUGCUCUGCUGGACUUUGCUCUUUGUGUAAAUUUGUAGACUGUUCACCCACCCAUAACUUGACCUCCCCAGGAAUCCAGUUUUCUGCUGACUCAGCAUGCUUAUUUGAUUGACAGAAGGGAUAGGAUUCAAAGAGAGAGAGUUGAGCUGUUUACUGUGCAAGUCGCACAAUUGGACAUGAAACAUUAACCAGCUCUUACCCGACUCUUGAGUCUGCGCUGCUCCACAACAAUAAUGAUAUUUGUUUUUCAGUUGUUUGCAUGAAGCUGUUUUGCAGAUUGUACACGCCUCAUGCCUCUGCAGCCUCAGUGGUUUGGACAUGCUUGUCAACUGCACAGGCGUUUAUGAGUUUGUGGUGGUAAUUAGUAACAGGGCUGUCAUAACAAUGACCGUGGAGACUUAAUGAACCCAUGAGGUUGACCACAGGGAAAUGCAACAGGGAAUGUGACCCAUUUACUUUAGUUUUGCUCUUUAACUUCCACCAUUUGCCCAAAUUUGUACAAACAUAAGCAACUGUAAAGCACAAAAAAACCCUCAUACACAUGCCUACUCUCACUCUUUCAUCAGUAGACAUCAGUGAAUAAAGACCUCAUUGUGAGAAAGUUUGUUAGAGUUCAAAUGAUACGGUAGAUUGAUUUCAUUCGAAGAAGACAGGACAUUAGCUCUGUGCGGCAAAGAGAAGAAAUAUGGAUGACAAACUGGGACACUGGCUUUGUUCUUGUCAUGCUCUGCUCUCCUUUUCUGGAAAAGAGCUACAGGCAAAAUCAUAGACCCACAGACACAUUAUCUCUGUCAACCCAACAUUUAAAUACCACCUCAUUCUGAUGUCAUAUUGAUUUUCUGCUGAUUCUGACCCUUAAAUCAGGACACCAUAUUUGUUCUAGUGCCUGUAUGGCUGCCAGCAUGACAAAGCCUUUUCCCCAGCCAGCAGAGAUGUGCUUCUGUAGGGAGCCAACAAUGGUCUGAAUGGAAUCACCAUGGCUGACCAAUUCAAACUAAUGUGAGCUGGAACAAUAGUGGGACUGCUGUUGCAUCUCUCAUCAAGCUACACUUUGUGCAAGUUGGACAUAUCCUCUCAUGCUACACUAGGUGGGAAUUGGAGCCGCUUUACUGCCUUAUGAUUUGGCAACUGGAAGAGACAAAGGAUAGAAAAAAGAGGGACUUACUUGAGACUAUAAGUUAAAAACAUAUCCAACCUUGUAGUUUCCUGCAAUUAACAACUUUAUCCAUGUUUUAUAUAACAAGAUACAACCCCACUGUGCUGUGAUAUGAAUCUGUGAGAUUUUUAAAAGUUGUUUAAGAACUGGAAGUUGUGAAACUACAACAAAUUGUCUCAUGCAGAAUUUGUAAAAGAGCAGUGAAACAUUGCGACAGUAUUUCAGCUUCCCACAUUAGCAUGGGUGUGUUAUGUUGCACAUUGUACAGGGUUCAUUCCAGAUAUUUCUCAGUGCUUGUUUAAGUUUUGUCUCAUGAACUAUUUUAAUAUAAAUCCUUGUGAUUCUUUUUGUGUCCAGGCACUCUUCUGCGGAGAUCAGGCGACACUUCGGUGGAAACUAUGCCGUUCAACACAGUCGAAGCAACUCCAACGCUUCAGCCUCAAUGUGCUUCACUGUGGUGAGUUUGAUUCUGUCUUACAAAGAUUAACCCUUCAAAAAAAUCAGGAUUUCUAAUAUCUAAAAAGGGUUUGACUGAUUAUUUAACCAUUGCUUAUAUUACUUUUUGUGGGUAAACUUUGAGUUUCUGUGUUUUUGUGUAAUAUUGUGUUCAUGUUUUAAAUUUUAUUUGGGUGGCGACUUCAAAGAAGUUCUGUGAGCUUUCAGCCUCUUCCUGCACUGUCUGUCUUUCUAUUGCUGUCAUAUUCUGUAUUUUUUAAUUGUGCAAAAUAAAUAAAUCUAGAUCUAAAUCAAGCAAAACUGACAGGUAUGAUAAAAGUUUGCUGACAGCAGGCAGAAAGGAACAGAAGGGAUCUGGCAGGUUUUUUAUAAACUGAUUUAAUUAAAGCUGCAUUGUACAGUACAAACCACAAAAUACACACACACGUUAUGAAAACAGCAACAUCAGUUAAGGUCAAACAUGAACUAAGAGGUGCAAACAGGAAAUUUCAAGAUAGAAAUUGAAGAACACCAAAGAAGACAAAGAUAAGCAGACUAAAAGUGGAUACUGAUUAUCUCUUAUAUCUUAAGACAAGCGAUUUAUUAAACAGCAAAUUCAGUAAUCAGAACGUCAGCAGAGCAGUUCUCUUCAAUACCCCAUUUACACAGCCUCAGUGUUUGUGUUUAUUUACCACCCAAAGCCUCUGAGCAUUUUUCAUCACAUCCUCCUCACUGUCAUUGGUGAUGAGUGUGUCUGACUCAGUCAGAGAUCUAUUCAUGAGGCUAAUGAUUUGAAUCGUUGCAUUUCUGACACCAAAAUAUCCUGCUUUGUAAAAACACUGUCUGCAUUUCUGCAAAAAAUAAAUAAAUAAAAAAUAAACCUGUGCUUUAAUUGAGGAGGAACCUUCCUUCCUGCGAUAAUAGAAGAGAUGAGAACUUACGGCUUUACGUGCUUUGUAAAAGCUAGGCUGACACUGGCUGUGCUUUGAUUUAACAGGGUUUCAGAAGACCUAGUAUCUGUAACUUUCUACAGAGGAUUGUAUGUCAUUAUGACAAGUUGUUUUCUUGCCUCUUCAGUGGAAGCUCAGCAGACGGUUAGAGUGCUUCCUUCUCUCAAGCAAGCAGGCAGGAUGAUGCACAGUAAUCCUUAGCAGGGAUUUGUUCCCACUCAUCUCUCCGUGGUACCCUCUGAACCUCCGUCUCUGCCUCCCAGAUUCAUGCAUUUCUCUUUCACUCUUCCAGCUUUUUUCUAUUUCUGUGCGUCCUUUUACAACGCGUCUUUCUCUGCUGCCCUACAUCUCCUUCAGUGAAACUUUCCUAAAGCUCUUAGGCACUAAGUCUCCUGACAUAUCCGUGUGCAUGACUGACUUAGCUGAAGUUCACCCUUUGAUACUUCCGCAGUGAUGAUCCUUGAGCUCAUCAGCUGACAGGGGUUUGAGUAGGAGGGCUCGGACCAUCCAUCCCACCCCAGCUUGUAACAUGCAACACGGUUAAUCUCUAACCUGCUUGGGAAAUGGGUCAGUGCAUUGGAUACCGACUGGUGCUGGAUGGGGCCUGCUUACCUUGCAGCUUACACGGGCAAAUCUUUAAUAUGGCCGGAUUUGGGAUGCGGGAGAGGGGUUUUAAUACUAUAAUCUCCGGGAUGAUAGUUUCCCAUUAUUCAUCAGUGGCUACUAGCUCAGUGAUGAUGGAGUGAUGUUUGUUUAGCGGAGGGUGGGAUAUUUGUUGCUGCAGUUGUGCUGUGGAUCACUUUGUUGAUGAUCAUCUCUCCCACUAUUUUUGGAGCCUAAUAUGAGGAAUGUUGACUGAGCUGUUGUUGCUUGUUGAAGGUUCAAUAUACUAAUUGAGAGAUUAAAAAGGAUAAAGCUGCAUGUAUUAUUGUUCAUGAGUGUAGAGCCUUUGUGUGUGUGUGUUUGCAGCACACGUGUGUGUGUUUGUGUGUCUGCAGUUUCUGUUCCUGUCUGUUGAAACACCAUUAGAUGGAGGGACGCCCUGCUGAUGUCACUUCCUCUAAUGUCUUGUGGUUUGUCAACUGCAACUCUGAGCAGCCCCGUCACUCAAAAAACUGCGGACAAAACAUUUUGGAGGUUCAAACAGUCAAGCGCAACUUUAAUCAUUGAUCAUGAAUGACUGUUGAGGCUACUUCCACCUGCCAAAAAAAUGCAGAUUGUUUCCUCUCAGAUUUACAGCCAAUUGUUGCUUCUAGGAAUCUACUGAUCUCUCUAAAGAGGAUGUGUUCCCUGCAUUGUGGCUCAGUUUCAACAAAAAGCAUUCAGCGUCAGUAGGUGCACUCUGUUGGUUCCUGUAUCCGGAGUGCGCCAUUUUGUACACUUCCUUUUUAUAGUGCAGAAUACAGUCCGGUAAGUCUGCAGUGUCCAUAUGUACAUACCUGUCCUCGGGUGGCUUCAAACUGAGAUGAUCGGUAAACUUUAAUCUUUAACUUUUGAUGUUCAGGUCAGAUGUGGCUCUUUUGUUUGUACCUGUUUAGUCAUGAAUCACGACGAAUGCUCAUUUUUGCUUGUGCACAUUGACAUAAGUUACCUUGGUGAUCACUUGUCUUUGUUUUUAAUGGUCUCAUUUGAUAUAAUAAGACCCCAGCAUUGCAGUAUUGAUUUACUCAUUGGUUUCAAAAUUGUGUAAACUUAGCAGAAAACUGAAUCAAUUUCUUUGAUUGUUGCAUGUGUUUGUCCUGAAUGUUGUCACUUGUUAAUUGUGAAUGCUUCAGCUUCGAAAGAAUCCUCAUUGACUUAAAUAUUUGCAGAGGCAUUCCCUUUUUAUCAGCGAGUAAGCUGAGAGAUGUUCUCGUGUUAUUUGGCAAGAAGAGGAGGGAGUUUCUUGCCUGCUCCUCUCAUGACUCCAUAGAGCAGCCGGCGCUGAUCAGAGGCAUGCAUAGAUUUGCAUUCAUUUGUUUUCGUUAGCCUCCAAUACUAAACAAGGAAAAGAGGCCAUGCAACCAUGAAUGUUUGAACUUGGAGGCAGACAGCCAGAGAAAGGCACAUAUGGAGGACACUGCCGCUGUGGAGGAGCUGCUUGUAUUCACGCCUCCUCUGUAGAAAGGACGCCUGCCAUCUAAAACAGUCAUGACAUAGUUGUGUACUCUUCCCGUUUUCUGUUGCAUGUUAACUAAAAGCCAUGAGGUACAUUUUGCUCAUGAGCUCUCAGCAUAGAAAAAUAUCCCUCAGGGCGGAUUGAUGUGCAAAAACAUGUCUGAAGGCAAAUGGAAUUUGCUCUGCUUUUAAGUACAGCAGUGACUCACCUUGCUGCUGCAGUUAUCUCUACCUCUCCCGUGUGUGCACAUUAUCUUCGCCUGUGUGCUGUUGGCUUGGUUUAGUCUCCAUUUUCGUGUCUUUUUCUCUCGUACACGAUGUUUCCGUUACAUUCAGUCUAUCACAAAUGAUUUUUUUUGUUAUGUAAAUGCUCCCUGUGUGGGACAGCAUGCAUGAUUAAUAUGUAUAAUGUUAUUUUUGGAUGGAGCUAAAGCAUACGUCCUUUGCAUUCCCUUUUUGUUUAUUUUAGUCUAUUUAACAGUGAUUCAAAGAAGGAUAGUUGGCUUUUUGUGAUAUAGGUGAUAUUGUGCUGUGCCUUUGUAUCCUUUUUUUGCCUCUGUCAGCCACAGCCUGCAGACCUUAAUCAGUUUGGAGGUCUGCCCAGUUUGCUGCCACUCUUCACAGAAACACCUGCUUCAUGCAGGUUCUCUUUUUGCAGCCCUGGUCAGCCGGGCACCACAAAGGGACGUGUGUUAUCUCAUCAGUUGUGUUCUUUUCAUCCAUCUCCUAUGUUAAAAUUGAAUGUGUUUUCUUCCACUUACGUGCUACAGGGAAUCUGUUUUAUUGUGUGUGCUGAUGAUUUAAACAAUAUGUACUGAUUCAAAGACCCACAUGAGACUUUCAGCCCAUUUGCACUCUACAUAAAAGUGAUUACAGCUUUGCUUUUGAUCUGCUGAAGCUCUGGAGCGCAGGCAGAUAGAGUUUCUGUCUAUAAAUAGAAUCAGAGGGAAAAAACUGGCUUUCUGAAACAGGGCAGUUUGUUCCAGUUUCUAUUUGUGUUUGUGCUCCAGUCUCUUGUUACUCCUAAGGUAUGAGCUAUUACAAAAUAGUCAUGACUCAACAUGUUUUUAUGCUCACCAAACCCACUUUUUCUAUCUUUUGUCCUUCCUGUUAUUUUUUGCACUAUGUAGACUGUGCAAACUCAUCACCGCCCUUAAGAGUUUCAGAUAUUAUAUGUCUGCGAUAUAUUCAAAUUUUAUAUAUUUGUUUAUAAAUAUGUGCUUGUUACAGUCCAUACUUUCUUAUCAUGUUAACCCAAACUUAGUUCAUCAUGAGGAAGUGUUUCGGAAACAGCAACAGCACCACAACUUGAAUAUAAUUCCUUUGCAGGACCGUGCUGAUUUUCCACAUUCUGACUGGAUCCUCAAUUUACAUUAUAAACGAAGAAUAAGUGAGAUUUGGUCCUGUGUGCUAUAACUCUCUCCCUCUGUCAUCCUCUUUUUUGUUCUGCAGCCUCCAUCGUAUGACGCGGUGGAGCCCUUGGACCUGGAAGAAUUCCUGAUGUCGCAGUUAAGAAGCGGAGACUCAGCUAUGAUGCAGGAACUGGGAGACUUCCCAGACGACGACCUGAAGGUGGAGCAGGUGGAGAAGGAAUGCCGGACUGUUCGACACUCUGUCCCUGAAGAUGGGUGAGUUACAGGAUGCCUGCAGGGAAUGAAUAAAUGUACACGUAGAAAUGGAAAAGCUGUAAGACCUGUUUUGGAAAGAUAGAAACAUAUUGAAUAUUGAUCAAAUAUUACCUCGUUAGCACCAACUUUAUACAGGCUCGUUUUGGCCCUAAACUUCUUAUCUUGCAACUGUUAGAAUUAUUAUUAUUAUUAUUAUUAUUAUUUUAAAUUAUUUUUAUUUUAUAUUUUGUUUUAUUUUUUAUUUUUUGCAAAAAAGGACAAAAGGACGACAUAUAAGGCUUUGUGUUAGAAUUAAUCGAGCAUUUACAGAAAAAAUGAAUACAAGCUGGAUGAACUGAUUGAUCAGAUGUUUGAAUAAAGUUGCUAAAUUAUUUUUAUCGGUCAAUCCUGAGGUGUUUAGGGUUCAAACAGACUUUAUUUUUUGUCAUUCCAAAAGAAGCAACAGCCAAAAAAAUAUAACAGAACAACAUCUUUGAACUUCUUUAUUAUUUGUUGCUGUAGUACUAUUCUGUCAUCUCAGUUAUUUCACCUCAUGUAGCGCACUGCAUCUUGACCAUGAAGUACAAAUGAAGAUAGAAGAGGAAUGUAAAUGUCUUCACUUGUCUAUGAAUGUUUGAAUGUGUGUCUAGCUUCAGGAGAAUGUGGGAACAUAUUUUCUUAUCUGCUUUGUCCCUGUUCUUUGUAGACUGGAUUUGGAUGCACAUGUGAGCGACUGCGUCAAGAGUUACACCCAGCCAUGGCUUGUGGUGUCCAGAAGGUACGCUGGCCUCUUUGGAAACACAACAAUAACAGUACAAAUAUUUCAGACGUUUAGCUCACUAAUACAGACACAAAAAAUGAUGAAACUAGAUCUAAAUAAAAGUAAACCUGAGGUUUCAGAGAAGAAAUCUAAGAUUUAGUGUUUUCUUGAGUAAGGUGCUAAUCUGCUGAUGAUGCAAAAAGACAGAUUUUACACCAUCUCAUGUAUCACGCUCUGCAGCAGGUGCCAACUGUCUGAGAAGUUGCAUAUGUCUGUGCAGCAAGAAACAGGAGGCCUGAGAGAGCCUGAUAAACAUAAAACACUUAACUCUCCUGUCUGACACGUUGUAGCACUCUCUUUAUCUGUCGCACUACCACACACACACACCUAUACAAUAAACACUUGAGCAGAGGUGAAGUUGUGUAAGGCUUCUGUUGUCGUUGUUAUCUCGAUUGAUUACUUGUACAGAGGUGUAUCAGUGGUAACCAUGCAUGUUUUUGUGUGUGUGUGUGUGUGCUCUGUGUGUAUGUAAAGGUGCCAGGGAGAUGGCUGGGGCGCAUAUUCAGAGAGAGCGGGCCUACACAAACUUCUUAAGAAACAGACCUUUGAGUCUGACGUCCAGCCAGAGGACACACAGAAACCGGUAAGAAACUCAGAGACAGAAAACUGUGCAUGUGCAGUGAUAGGCACACAGCUUUAAGGGAUUUCUGAAAAGAGCUGUAACUGUCUUGAGUAUAAGACAUCCUCAUUUAAAAAUGAGUGUUUCACCUUGAAGACAUUAGUAAGUGUUCCACAUUCAUGUCUUACAUAACCUUUUUCUCAACCAUCACUGUUGCUCAAUAAUGGAGACAUAUCAGCCCUCUUGAAACUGCGGCCUUACAGCUACACUUGAACAAUUCAUUUACUUUCUCCCCCUUCAGUCCCGUUCUCAAUACUUUUCAAACCUUUCUCUGGGAUUGUGUGAGUCCACCGAUUUGAAAUAGCACUGUUUGAUCAGAACUAACUCUAUGAGUACUUAUUUUAAUAGUUUAGAGUUGUUUAGCUUAGGUUGGUUAGUGAAACUCAAUCAAUACAAGACUGAAUAAAAUAUAUAACAGAUUAUUUGCAGAUCACUUGUACUGUACUUUUCUUGGUCAUUGAAUGCCAGUAAGUUUCAGAUGAAGGCAUAAGACUUAAGAGUGAUUUUGAUAAGCUGGUAUUAGAGCUGUCACAAAACUGACUCAAUUAUGUAUCAUAUAAAUAAAGCCAGCAAGCGAUAACAAUAACUGUACGAACUAGCAAUAACUGUAUGCUCAUUUAAAGCACAAUAUUAACAUUUCAGUUUUUUGUGAGAUGGUUAUCAUCUGUAUUUUGUGAAAACCUUAGCUGGUUGAUUGACGUUUGAAAGUCAGACUAACCUUAUCCCUUAAUUCUCAUCUUCACUUCCCGUGAGGAACUCUUGGUUUUUUAAAGUUUUGGCACCCCCUGUAAACAAAGCAGUCUUUUCUUCUUUAGUGCUUAGGAAGUGACUUUUGACAACAAGCAUCAAACUGCUAACUUUUGACAGUCAGAUGUUUCAUUUAUUGAGAAACUUUUAUGUGGAAAUUGUGGGGGAAAAAAAGCUUUUAAAGACACCUAUCCCAUUGCACUUGUUUCAGGCAUUAAAAAUAAUGGUGUACAAAUCAUCACAUUUUAUACUGAUGAUCUUGUUUGCUUUUGGAUAUAAUGAGAAGACAACAAUUUGAAUCUUAGUCUAUUACAUAAAGGUCAAAAUAUUCCUCAUAGGAGCUUUAAGGUAAGCUCAGAUAAGCUGUAAGCUGCUGUUUUCUUCUAAACUCUUUCUAUAACACAGUUUCACAACAGCACCCCAAUGAAUCAUUCUCUCCUCAGUGGGUUCCUGACCAUGUUUUUCAAACAGGACUACAAGAAAAAGCUGCCUUUAAACUUUGUCCUUGAAUGCCAAUAUGUUGCUCUUAGUUAAAGGGUCUUUUGUGAGACUAGUGUGGGAGUCAGCGCUGAUCAAGUCGGAGACUGAGGUAGGAGUUGCUUAAAUGGUGAGCACCACAGUGUUUUAUUAGUCUUUCCACACUUCACACUGUGCCAGUGGCUCUGUAAAGUUUAUUCAGACUGACUUGGACAGGACUAAACCAGAAUGUUACACUCUCUAGCUCUUACCACCUCUAUGUGUUUAGCUUGAUAGACUCAGAUAUUGUUUUUAUUAAAUGUUUUGGUAUUAAAUCAGUGGCUUACAUCUUCAUUUCAGAGCCCUUUAAAUUCAUUGCGGCUCUCUGCUACAGUACUCCACUAGCGUUAUUUGAGCCAAGUUCCCAUCCUCUCUCACUUCUGGCUCUAUUGUAUUUAAGUGGUCCAAAUCCUGGUUCUCAGCUUCAGGCGGCCCCAGCCAAUCCUAGUCCCAUUACUGCAGCUCUCACUCUACACCCAGUAAGUCUCACCAACCCCCUCCUGUCAGCCCCUCUUUGCCAACUCUGGUUAAUCACCCAAAUCCAAAGACCCUUAUUACUGCUGUAGGCUUCCCAUGAUCUACAUGCCAGAAAGAGAGUGACAGAGAGAGGAAGAACAGAACUAUUGUCCUUUCUGCACGUAAUGGGUCUCUUUUUUUUCAUCCAAUCUGGUUUAGUAAUGGCCCUGGGAUCGUGGUGUGAUUGUCCCUUUGAGGCAUCACAACAGGGCAAAGCCUCACCCGGGUAGAAGCUCGGUCAGUCCUUGCCCGUGGUCGGGAGCUGGGAUGUGAGACUGAUGCAUGAUGGGAAUGAAAGUGACAGGAAAAGAGGGGUGGCAACAGUGAUUGUUAAAGCAGGAUGGAGCCUGGGAGCAGGGGGGUCAUGCCCUGCCUCAUAGCUGAGACUGAAUUUUUCCAUAUGGUGCCAGUGCCAGUCUCUUAGACCUCUUACUGAUGGGCAGGGGAUGCUUCUGAUCCUGAAGGAAAUGUAGCAUCCAUUUUCCUUGUCUCACUUUCCUAUGUUUAAUCAAACAAGCGAGUAUGCGCUUUUGACUACUAUUUAAAACUAUCAUAAAUGCAUGGUUUGGAUUUUACAGUCUAAAAUCUUACAAGACUUUGAUUCUUUUGACUUUUUCUUAGGUUGUGUGCUUGACCUUUUGCCAAAUAUUCCAACGGCGAUCCAGCCCAGAAAAGUUUAUCCAUCUGUUCUCUAAACCUCUUACCUCUUGAGGGUUGUGCAGGAGCUGGAGCUUUAUUACACUAGGCAGAGAUGGAGCACGCCCUGACACGUAUAGAGUAGAAUAGAAUUCAAGCUGUGGCAGUGCUACCCCUGCACCACCUGUUACCCAUUGCACAAAAAUGUCUUAUUUUAAACAGGGUAUCAGUGGGGUCUUAAAAAGUCUUUACCCUUUAAUGCCUGACACUAGAAAUUAUGGCCAGAAAAUUCAAAUUUUUUUGGGAGCUGAAAUGUCCUUAAAAUGUAACAAAUAUGAUUAUUUAUCUUGUUUGAUACAUUAGAUGUUUUUGGAAACUGAAAAACUACAAGAGGACAUUUUUAUCAUUUAUUGGACUGUAUUCAGGUGUUUUUUUUAGUAAUGUGUUGAUCAUAUUGAUUUGAUAGAAGUAUAUAAAAGUAUGUAUCAAAUAUGAUACAAAAGGCAUUAAAGGGUCUGAAAUCGUCUCUUAAAAUCUCACAAAAUGUCUUAAAUACAAUUUUGAAAGGUCUUAAAAAUGUAUUAACUUAACUUACAAAUAAGUAAUGUGCCAUACAAAUACAGAUUAAUUUGAAGUAAUGUAAAAUGUUCAGAUUUCCCUUAAUGUCUUUUGUACCUUUUAGGCAGUAUGAAAUUAAAAUGGGUAUUAAAUUGUAUUAAUAACUGAUUUAAAAAAAAAGGAAAAAUAACUUAAAUUUUGUUGAAACCUGCAGAGAAAGUGUUAAAGUUAAUUUGUUGCCUGUCUUCAGAGAAAAUGCAGGAAACAAAAUAGUAUGUCAGAGAAUGAGGAAGAAAGUCUGUGUUAGCUGGUCUGAGCUUUAGUUUUUUAUCAGAAUUAAAUGACAUAAUGUGAUAAGAUAUGACCCGUAAUGUAAACAAAACUUAAUCACAAUCCUUUGUGUUAUUUCGUUACACUAACAGUUUGAACUGUAUCCACAGUCUGAGUAAGUCCUCUUUAUUAGAUCAACCAACUUAGCUGUUAUAACGUACAUUAAUUUUUCCCCAAUGCUUAAGUAAACUAAAGGAAAUAAGGCAGAACAAGUGAUCCUUUUAACUGGCAACUUUUAGCUGAAUGUGGGAGUGGUUAUUGAGGCUGUUGAAACAUGUGAGGAGCUCUCACUGCCUCUGUUUUUUUUAGUUAUAAUAUAUUAAACACACUUAUCACACAUGUUUUUAUGCUGUCAUACAGUAAUUUUUUAACAAUGUUGUCUCCAAGACAACAGCAGACAUGUUUAUCUGAAAGCCUUCAAUUCACAAGGUCACUCUUGAAACCCAAACACUGCACCUGAUUCAGUUUUACUUCAUGCAGCAUCUUCAGUUUUGAACAUUUCUUUGGUAUAGACUUGAGUCUUUCUUCUCUGCUGUUUCCUUUAAUUUUUUUUCCCCACUGUGAACAAAGUGUGUCAAAUUAACUGAACUUUUUCUUUGUAUUGAUAAGACAACAGUGAGUCUGUUGAAGUCUUAGAUAAGAGCUGUAUCCAAAGUAACGCUGUGCUGUUAAGAAAUAAACCAUUCCUAAGGCGUAUUAGCCAGUCUGAAUUAAUAAGAAAAUACAAAUAUGACUUUAAUGCAUUUUCCUUUUCUGGAUUGUACUUCAUGGCAUAUUUGUGUGUUUACACAUCACACUGACUUUAUAAGUGAGUGGAUUUGAAAGGUUUUAUGCUCAUGCAUCUGCCGAGUGCACACAUUUGUCCUGUGGUCUAGUGCCGUCGCUGGCAGGGCACUGGAUGUCAAAAAUAUUUCCAGAGCUAUUGUGUCUCUGGGUCAGCCCUCCCUGCUGCUGUCAUUUUAGUCUGGCAAGCAACCAGCCCGCAGGGAGAGCUCUGGUUACAGAGGUCCUUCAGCUAAUGCUAAAAUGAAUAAACAUAACCAGUUAUGAGUAACUCACUGUGAUAAAACUCAAAAGCCUGAGUUCAUGUAUUCUUUAUCUCUUUGUAUGUUUAUUUUGAUGAAAUACAGUCAGAAAGCUACAUGCUUAUUGCAAAGGAGACAAAGAUGAACAGAAGUUUACAGUCUUUGAAUGCAGAGAACGUGAACAUGAGAGUGUGUCGUUCAGUCUGUGCAUGGAGUCAGCUUUGAUCAGAAGAAAACACAAAAGACUGUCAUUAUCUCAGGGACACAACAGACUGUCUAAACGCCUGUUAGCUGUUUGUUGUGACUGCACAUUAAAUAACCAUAGAGGCUGCAACACAAUACAGUGGAUGGUACACAACAUGCUGUCGAAGUGUCAAUAAUGAGAGUUAAUCAUUCGUCUUUGAGAAAUCAUAUUCUAAGCUCCCGACGGAUGUCUUAGGGAGCUUAAAAUUUAAGUCUCUAUCAUAUGUGGAGAGCUUGGAGACGAGCAGUUGCUUCUUUGCAUUGAAAGGCGUCAGUUAGGGGGUUUCCUGGGUGAGCAUUUGCCUCCCUUUAGAGGAUGUUACAGGUACAUCCAACGAGGAGAAGACCCCAGGGUAGAGCUAGAGCUCUGUUGAGGGAUUUUAUAUCCCACCCAGCUUGGAAAAGCCCCAUGAUCCCACAUGAGGAGCUGGAAAAGGUUGCUGGGAUGAGGGAUGUCUUGGUAGACUAAUGUAAAGUGGACUGCUGUCUCUGUGACCCCAUGUUGGGUAAGCAGCAGAAAUGGAUGGAGAGAUGAGAUUAAGAUUUUAACUAGACUAGACCAUAUAAAGUCCUGGUCAAAAACUCUAUUUUAUUCUGCCUUCAUGCCUCUUCACACAACAGUUUUUCCUCUCGUUCCAACUUCCUCAUUUCACUCCCAUCACCAUUUUCUCUCCUACCUUCAUCAUCAACAAUAACCCCUCUCUCUGUGUUUCUGUUUUUGCUUCAGGUUAAGUCUCCAACUCUAGCAGUGCUGAACGAUGACUCUGGCCGCACAUUAACCUCCUCGGACUUCAACUUGAGGUGUUUGACCCCGGACCAGCGAGUGGAGGGGCUGCUGGCCAUCAGCAGCCAUGAGGAGCUGGACCGCUUCAACCAGGAGGCGCGGCAGGGGAACAGACACCCUGAGCUGUUUGCUCUGUACCCACCGGCAGAUGAGGUGAGACGAAGAGACAGAGAUGGCUCUCACAAACAUGAAUAUAAGACUGUUCAAUACUUGUUAGGUACAUUUGUUACAUUCAAAUGAUCAUAAAUACAAGUCUUCUUUAGUAAUAAUUCUUUUUCAGAAUUUAAAACUUCACAACACAGGGAUUUUUUUAUUUUUUCAUUGACUGAAUACUUGAGUUUUUGUGAUCAAACAAACAAUCUAAUGAUUAAUGUCGAGCUGACAUGAACAUAUUGAACUCCUCUCUGAUAUUUGAACAAGAAUAUUACUGAUAAAUUACUUUAUCAUGAAAAUAAAAUGUACUUAAGUUCUAAUUUGUCUAUGUGUUCACUUUUAGGAGAGUUACGGUAGUGUUCAAUAUUAGUUUUGAGCGUACAGAUACAACUCUAGUGUAACUACUUCUAAGAGGACCAAAAGAUUGAACCCUCUUGAUCAUUUGUCAUAUUUAUUUUGAUCUUUUAAAUCAAGUCUAGUUCCUUGGAAUACAAUAACAAGAGUCUUAUUUCACCCUUAAAAUGUUUUAUUUUAUUCAUCUGGUUUGGAAAUGUUCUCUGCUUUUGUUUUCUAGGAUGAUGCAGUGGAGAUUCGACCUGUUCCUGACUGCCCCAAAGAACACACUGGAGACCGCAUCCUGAUCCGAUGCCAGACCAUCAAGUAUGUCAUACAUUUUCAUCAAACUGUAGGAGGGAGGGGGCGUUCAACAGCUGCCUUUUGUUUCUCUUAAGGUCUGACAAGGACCCAACAGUUAAACGCGUAAAAGAGUAAUUAUUCUAACACCCCCUUGAUUUAUGAAAAAGACCUUUCAACAUACACCGUAUUCUUUUGUCACAUCUAAUCAUGACUUAAGAGUUUGAGUUGAUAAUUCAGUCAGACUUUCAUUCUAGUGUGGGAGGAGAGCUGUGCAGUGGUUGUUGUUCUGCUCCAGAAAUUCACCGUCCCUCCCUCUCUCUGUGGGAUUCUGUCUCUGCGUCUCUUUAACUUCUAUCGUUCAUACACACACACAAAUGGACGGAGGUUACUUCACUCUUGAUUCCUCUCAUUCUUCUUUUUCAACCCCUCAAAGCGCCAAAUAUUUUAGCUGAACUCAUUUGUCAGCUCGCAGUGGUUUGGCAAUUUUACCCUUUGUCCUUUGACUUGCACUGCGAACAUGUCAUCACUUACUGGAGGACAUGUUUUUGCUUCCCAAUAAAGUAAGGAUUUACAGGAAUAGAAGAGGAGUCGAAAUUAAACAGAAAAAUUUAGAUAAAAGGAAAAACAGAUGUUGAGUUCUGGUCAGCGUUCGUCCUUUUUGCAUUACUGAACAGCUCUUUCCUUUUCUGCCUCUCCUUCUUAGGUUUGAGAUUGACAUAGAGCCCAUGUUUGCCACAAUGGCCUUGUAUGACCUGAAAGAGAAGAAAAAGGUAAGAGAUCUUUGCAUAAAGAAGUCGGUUAAGGCUUUAAUGUUGUUCAGUGGUGUUUUAUUUUUAUCCCAACUUGUGUGACAUGUUCACUCUGACAUAUAAAGAACAGGAAGAAGACAAAAUAACCACCUAUAAGACAAUAGCCUCACAGUAAUUAUCAGUUUGAGUGAGGAUCUUUAUGUUUGUGUUUGUAGAGGAGACUGUCAGAGUGUCUUGCAGAAGCUGAUGGGUCUAUUUUCAACCUCAGGUCCAGUUGAUGUAAUGUUUUGAGGAUCUUUUAUGUGAUUAAUUCCAUAGCUACAUCGAACUUCGUUUUUGUCUAUGUAGGUCCAUUUUUUAGUGAGCAUGGACAGAUGAAAGUCAUAAAUACAAGGGCAGGGAAACACAGGCAGCUCUUUUCAAAAGCACAAUCCCAAUCAUUUCUAGUGUUAUAACUCGCCAGAAUCAUCGUCAGGGUGUGUUUCAGUGCAUUAGGGGCAAGUUUGAAGAGCGGAGUCAACACAAAAAUAAAUUAAAGCCAUUUUACAGAAAAUACCUUGUAAAUUGUCAGUCACAGUGGUGGGUACAAUAUCUAGUUAAGGCCCUUCAAUAGCCAAGAUAAGACAUUUCCAAUAGAGAGGAAUCCUGGUUACAAGUAGGGCUGUCAACCAGUAAACCUUAAUCAACCAAAGCAACUGAUGGCUGAAUUUGAGUCCUUUUGAUUACAUUUUUUUUGCAAUUUAAUUAGGCAUAGUGUUUGUUCAGGCAGGGAAGAAAAGUUAGGCUCAGUCUACAGUAGAUCAGCUGAUUCUAAUACCAGCCCAAAUCAGCUGAAAACUCAGCUAAUAACCCCCCUCACAAACGUCAGAGUGGGCGAUCUAUUUAGAUUGCCUCAGCCCGCCUUCUCUUGCUGCUUCCUCCAUAACCGCUUUACAACCCGCCUCCACCCCAGCUCCUCCUGUUAUGCUGUGCCUGAUCUUACCAGUGUCAUAUUGUCACUGAUGUCAACUUUGUUCCUUUCUGGAGUUUUGCUGCUGCUGCUCUCCCUGCUUUGACUUUUCAUGUAUGCACAUGAAACAGAAAAGAAGUGUGCUCUCCACGCAUGAAGGGCAGGGAGUUCUGAGAAUUGAGCCAUACUACCAAGUACUGUAUAAUUGUUGCAUAAAACUGAUUAAUUCUCUUGAUUAAAGUGGUCUUGAUUGGUGAAAAAGUUUUUGAGUCUAUAUGAACAAAGUAAAACAAUUCCUACUAAUUCAAAUGUACGCAGUCAGGGUGUUUUCAAAGUCAAAUGUGCCAUUCAGAAGUACAGUUGUGUCAUUAUUUUCUAUCAGAGGAGCAGCAGGAUGGAAGUUGUAGAUGAUGGCCCUAAUCACAUGUAAACCCACACCGUCACUGGCAUUUAAAUAUUUGACUCAAAUCUUUUCAUCAGAAGUUAUGACAGACUACAGUCCUAUAGGCACUGUGAAGUGUGCAUGUAAUGCAAAUUUAAUGUAUUGUGAAGUAACUAUAGUUUUCACAUCCUUCAUUCAUAGUGAGUGUUGUGCACUAUAAAUGUCCUCUUGACUCUGGGAGGUCUUGCAGUUUCCUCUCGCGGUCAGCAUGACAGUGAGGGGAUCAGUGUAAUCUACAAGGUUUUAUGUCCCAUCAUCACACAGAUACUUAUGCCCUCCGGGGGUCACCAUGUUUUGGUUCUAUAGCUACUAAUACAGCUCUACAUUUUCCCAGUCAUUCAUUUUGAGCCAAGGCUGCUUGUAUGUUUUCUGUGGAUUUACACAGCUGGGGGGAGGUUUGGGUGGUGGGGUUGGAGGGAUUUAGUAUAAACUUUAAAGCUUGUGUAACUCUCCGAUGAGCCACCGUUCUUACCCUGACCAGCUGCUCCAUCACUGAUGCCUCUGGGAUGGUCUGCAGGGCAAUUUAAUGCUUUGUUUUUGUAGAAAAUUGAUUUAUAAACCAAUCCGGGGAUAACACAGACAACAUAUUUUGCCGGGAUGUGAUAGAGUGUACUUUAAAUCACUGAUAUUUGCUCAGUUCUGCUUGAUGUCAGUACAUAAGAGCAGCGCAAAUGUAUCACAUCGGCUCAGAGUGUUUCACUGAAGAUGAUUAAUUUGAGUCUGUGUUGAACCAAAGUGUGUCCCUGUCAAGGUUACUACAACUCCUAGCAGAGACAGAUCCAGACUGCUAAAGAGCCAUGAAAUGUGUCUUUGAGUGAAGGAGAAGCUUGCCUUGUCAGUCAGAUUUGAUUUUAGUGGAACUGUGGAGUAUGUGCAACUGACCCAUUUAUCGCCGUAUCCCUGAUUUUCUUUUUUACUUUCUGUCUUACUCAAACUUUCUUCUGUACUCUUCUCUCGCUCCUUUUUCUCUCCUCAAGAGAGUUAUAUUUUAUUUUCAGUCACAUUUUUUUCUGCCUCUGUGUUCCCCUCCUUUGCUGUGUUCUCUGUAUCAUGUGGGAUUUUUUUUUUUUUUGCCGCUGUGUCUGUUUUAUGUGUGUGUGUUCACAUCUGUGAAAUCUGCAGCAGAUGUUCGUAUAAUUCCACGCAAUACUCUAGUUGCCUCUUUGGUUCAUCCACAAAGAUCUGGACGCAGGAUUUGACCCUGCAAGUGACCUUCUUGUGAUUUUAGGCUCGUGCAUAAAAACAUGCAGAGGUUUGAGAACAGACAUGUAAAGGAUUCAAGUAUGUCCACAUGUUAGGAGGAGUCCAGACAUGCUUUUUCCAAGUUUCUUCAUCCUUUUGUACAAGAGCAGGCCAGCGUAGUUUCACUGAACUGUGAGAGAAGACAAACUGGAUAAUUUUAUAAAUGGAGUAAAUAGUGUUCACUCUUCUUGCAGCUUCAGAUGCUACAGAUGUUUUGGACCUGUGCUGGAGAACAUUUAUGAGAAAGUAGUACAGAAAUCUUAAGAUUAUGCAACUUAAAGGGUUCCUGUAACUUGACUAACUUGCUAGACAAUUUUCAGAGUUGGAAAACCAAGCACUGUUGAAAGCGUGUUGAAAGUGUGUUUCAGCUGGUUAGAUGUAUUGCAUAAUCUCUAAGGUCUAACAAGCAAUACACUAAAAAACCCUAUCUGUUCUAUUUAUUUGAAAUAUAAAGCAAAUUAUUCUCACUGAGGCAGCCGACUUUGAUUAAAGAGACGAUAUUUCCAUAACUCCAUUAUUAGUCAUAAGAGGUGAACUCCUCCAUAACAGUGUUUUGAAGAAUUUUCACAGUUGUAAGUCUGCACAAGAUCAAACAAUGCAAACAUUUUUAUGUCUGUUAAAAGAACUCAAAUUCACGAACUUUUGAUUAUUUGAAAUAUAUCUGUCAAAUUAUUCUCACUGAGGCUUCUUCUCGGUGCGGUCAGAGAAACAGAGGGAUGAGCACAAUGAGAAGUUAAUGGCUUUUCAGUGAAUGGGAUCACAUGACACACACACAGGCCAGGCCACAGCAGGACAUAUGGCCGUGAUCCUCGCCUGGGGUCAUUUGAGAACAGUGAACCGUACAUAUGAUUUUCAGGGUCUGUUUUCUUUCCAAACCAGUUCCUUUGAUUCCUCCUCAAAACUUGGAAAAUAUUGUACCUAAAAAGGCAUUGUGCAUUUCAUUGUACCCCUAAUUUAGUCUUUGAGUUGUUGCGGAUGUGCUCCUGGUUGUAAAAAAGUUACUUUGACGUAUCAUCUCUGUCUCUUCUGUCUCCCACCAGAUAUCGGAGAACUUCUACUGCGAUCUGAACUCAGAGCAAUUUAAAAACUUCUUAAAGCCUCACACUCCUCUUGUGGAUCAGUCCACCUUGGCCAAAUCAGCCAUCUUCUCCAUCACCUACCCCUCCCCAGAUAUCUACCUGGUCAUCAAGGUAAUAAACCAGUCUAUUACCCAUGAGUAGCUACAUGGCUUUAGAUAGUGUCUUCCUACUUCUAGUUUUAUUUUAGGUACUCUGGAAAUCAGUGAUUUCUGCCUUUAAGAGAUCAAUAAUAUUUCUUGCUCUGUUAAAUUUAAAUUCUCUGAAGUCUCAUGCUCUUCCUCUCUGUCUUAUUAGAUUGACAAGGUUCUCCAGCAGGGAGAGAUCAGUGACUGUGCUGAUCCUUACAUGACAUUAAGGGAAUGUGACUCUGCAAAGGUAACACAGCAGAGCAGUCAUUUGUGGCUAAACCACUGAUAAGUUACAGCCUUCAUCAUUGACUUUACUUUGCUUGGCGUCUUUCAGAACAAGGACAAGCUUGAGAAGCUGCGCGGUCAGGCAGAGACGUUCUGCCACAGGCUGGGGCGCUAUCGCAUGCCCUUUGCUUGGGCGACUGUCAGUAUCAUGGAGGUCAUCUCCACCGCUGCUAUAGACAGAGAUGUCACAGACUCUGACAGCUUAAAAGGAGGUUAGUCAGUUCUUCAUCUUUUAUGUGUAUUCAUAUUUUGUGACGUGUGCGCACUAUUGAGCCCAUAAAAUGCUUUGAACCAGGUAAAUCCAGCAGCAUCGACCGGAGAGCACAGUUUCCCAGGAGGAAUUCUGAACGAUACAGCACCAUUGAUGAUCAGUUCUGUAACGUUUCUGCCUUCAAACCUGCCACCAUCACUAUCAGCACCAUCUUCAAACAGGUUGGACGACUAUGUUACCGCAAUCAGACAGUGAAUCUGUGAAAGAAAAAAGUUAAUUCCUUGAGCUACAAGAUACAGUGCUUGAGAAAGACUAGCUGGUGUUUACCGCCUGACCUCAAAAUGCCAUUCCAUCAGGAUUUAGUCAUGUUUCCACCGUAAAUACAUGGCUAUGGAUAAAUCCUGCUAAGUGUGAAAAGCUGACUUUCCUGCUAAACACCCUCUUUGUAUAUCUCUGCAGUGGUUCUGCAGCUGAGUUGUGCAUGUUUUUGCCACCCUAGUAUUUUAAUGUAUGCAAUAAGUACAAACACCCUUUCAUUUAUCCAUGUGUUUGUGUUUGUUUGUAUCAGGAGGGGGACCGGUUGAGCGAUGAGGACUUGCUCAAGUUUUUGUCUGAAAUCAAGAAAACCUCGGCUCCACAGAGGAGAACCAAGAUGAUACCAGGUCAUCUAUUAUCACCUAUCAGCACUCAUUCUGACAUUUUAUCUUAGUUUUAGUUCAAAAGGUAGUUCUGCUAGGAUUUGUACCCGUCUUGCAUCCAGUGGACAGGAUUGAUUAAUUGUGAAAACUGAUAAUAUAAGUCUUGAGCAAGCAGCCUGUUAGGCCAACAUGGACCGAGACUUUGCUCAAACUAGGAAGGGAAAAACACAGAAGGAAGAAAUACCAAGAUGCCUUUCUGGGUGGGUGCAGCAGCUUCCUUGACAAGAAACUGAAGGAACCAGCUUCACCAGAGAAAUAAGAAACAGCCUCGCACACAAUGCUUCCUCAAGACAACAACAUGUUACUACAAAAUAUAAAACCUAAUGUAUUUAUAGCAAGUGGGGUUGAGAAGAUUUGUGAAUUUCGUACUAAAUUCAGUGACUUCAAUCUUGUUGUUUUGCUCUCAGCAAGAAAGAAACGUUAAGAAUUAGAUUUUUAAGAUGGCUCUUUUUUUCUGACUGAUUUGAAAACUUUGAAUUAAAAUAAGAGCCAUCAUGCCAUUUGUUCAUAAUUUGGAAAUUACACUUCUUUUUGUCAUUUCAGGUUUCAUCAAACUGGAUAUGUCCCCAGUCCAUGACACACCAGUGGCAUGUUUGUCAACUGAACUCAUCCCUCUGAUACCUAUGGCUGAGAAGAAUAUCCGGCCAGUCAAAGAGGUGCUGGAGUUCCCAUCCAGCGAAGUUUAUGUCCCUCACAACAUUUACAGGUGGGAUACAGCGCUCAAUUAUUCAUUUAUCGUCAUGACAUUUUCCCUCCAAAACUCCCUGAAACAACGACAGGAGAAAAAAGGAUUUUCUGUACUUUUCUAAUCAAAGGUGACAGAUUGUUAGAAAGGAAAACUGCUGAUAGCACAACAUGACGUAAUACAAACAAGGAGCUGAAAAGCGAAUGAUUCACGGUUUGAGGCGUAAACAGGUUUGCUUGCUCUCACAGAGAGCUUUUUUCUCUUAAAGGCCAGAAGCAACAAAAACAGUCAUGCUGUACUCAUCACUCAAGAGCUGACGCUGCUCUGCGGCUUUGCUCUUUUCAAUGUGGGGACUAUUUUUAGGCUUUUCCUCCCAGCCUACCUGUGAAAUUGCCUCACAGUGUAACAAUGAGACAGCAGCGUUUGUCAGCAGAGGUUUAAAUCAACUCUCCAUUCUAAAUUGGUUUCGCUGGUAGCGAAACAAAUGUGUCUUCAAGUGUGAACAAGUCUCUUGUGUGGUAAUGGCAUACUGACAUUCUCCCAACAUUUGUUCACUGGGAUCUGUAUCCAGAGUUUCAGCAGAGAUUACAAUGUUGUAUUAAAACCACAGGUUGCAGGAAAUUACUGGUUGUUGGGGACUUUUCUGUGACACAACUGUCUCUUCAUUACAAGAGUGAGAUGUUGGUGGACAGACACUGCCAUCUAGUGAUAGAUAAUGGAACCACCUCUUAAUUUAUUUAAAGAGGGGGUUGUGAUCAUUGUUUCAUGUAUUAAUUAAACAGGAAGUGCCCCCUGAACUCUCUCUUUCUCUUUGUCUCUGUAGGAAUCUGCUCUUUGUCUACCCUCAGAGGUUGAACUUUGUCAACAGGCUUACAUCAGCAAGAAACAUCACCAUCAAAAUCCAGUUUAUGAGCGGAGAGGACCCAGCUAGCUGUCUUCCUGUGAGUGUGAUAGAUUGAUAUAUUUAUCGGUUUAAACCUAAUCCCUUCAUGGCAGAGCCAGGUCUAAUUCAAGCCAUAAAUCCUGUACAAUUCACACUAGAAGAGAACUUGUUUAAUAGUCUCAGUAUUCCCGUCUGUCACACAAUUCACAAGUGUUAUUCUCCCGAUAAAACCCCAAACACACAAUGUGGAAUUGAAUUUUAAAGGUUACAUCUGUAGCUUUAGGGAGGACUUGAAAGAAAUCACUUUCUAUUACUGAAAUAACAAAUAAAAUGAUAAAUAAAUCGCAACUGAAUCUAAGGUUAUUGUUUUUUGUUGGCAUUGGUCCUGGUCUGGCAAGAGAGAUUGUUUGUGCUAUCAAAAAGAAUACAGCAGAAAGAAAAAAGAUUUAUGUAACAGAGACAAUUAUAAUCAUGUUUAACCUGUCUCUGAAAACCGGUGUUGUUCCAAGUAUAAUGAAAAUACCCAAGGUCAUACACAUAAACUGUAAAGCAGGGAAUUAAUACAGAUUGUUUUUGCGCUCUUGGUUCUCUGAAAUAUGUUUCUGUUUUUAAAGACUACAGAGACUGGGCGACACAACAGCGGCUGUGUAUUUUCUAUUUAUUACUUAAACCGAAAGUUAAAUGAGAACAAUGAUUUCAUAACCAUUGAAGCACAAAGUAUACAGAAGUAAAAAGACACACUUUUAGAGUAAAAGACAAUUGUGUUAGAUCAACUUAAAACUAUGUGAAGUUAUUUUUAGGGAAAUAUUAUGUUUGUGUGUUUUAAGAGCCAGUUUUUGAGCCUGUUACUGUCACAUCAUUAUGAAAUAGUUAUCCCUGUCAAAGCCAGUACUUAGCAGAUUUUUUAUUAUUGAACUAAAGAAAACCUUUUUCUUUAAUUUUUCUGUUUCUUGUCAUUCUCAGGUCAUUUUUGGGAAGUCAGGUGGCCCUGAGUUUUUAUCAGAAGUCUACACCCCUGUUACCUACCACAACAAGUAAGUACACCUUCCUGAGUUACAUCCUUCUGUCUUUGAAACUCUUCAUCUCCAUGACUCCUUUCUUACUCUCAUGCCCUUUUUUAAAAUCUCCCCCCUUUACUCUUAUCCUCACCCAUCCCUCUCUGGUCCAUGUUUUUCUCUUUGUUACUCUUUUUCUCUCUCUGUCAGGUCUCCAGACUUCUAUGAAGAAGUUAAGCUGGCUCUUCCAGCCCGUCUAACAGAGAGACAUCACCUACUGUUCACUUUUUACCACAUCAGCUGUCAGCAGAAACAGAACCAGGGCAGCUGUGAAACACUCAUCGGCUACUCUGUGAGACUUUGUCCUGCAUUUGUAUAUUUUAGACUCUGGAGUGUUACCUUGGUGACAUUUGCAUCAAACCUAGAGCCCAUUCUCCCAGAACCAUAGCAACAAGAGUGUUAGAUGAAAAGCCAAAACCCAUUUUCACAGCAUGGAACAUUUUCUGAUUGUAAUGUUUCCACUCUUUGUGGUCAUUCUUCACCAGUGGCUGCCCAUGUUGAACAAUGACCAACUUCAGACGGGUCAGUUUUGUCUACCCAUCGCCUUGGAGAGGCUACCUGUCAACUAUUCACUGCACACGCCUGAGGUACACACAUGCAUUAUUCACAUAUCAACAUCAUAUUUGGGUAAAUAAACUGGACAGAUAUACUGUAGUAGGACUAAAGACGGACAUGUAAGACACAGAGUCUUAUCUUCUAUGAUUUUGUUGUGCAGAAACUCCCUCUUCAGGCUCCUCCGGUCAAGUGGAUGGAGAGUCACAAAGGACUUUUUAACCUAGAGAUUCAGGCGGUUUCAUCUGUACACACGCAGGUCAGACACAAACACACAAGCAAACUUGUCGUCUUUUUCUUUUUAUUGCUAACCACUAUGUCUGUCUUGGUUUGUCAUGCACUAAUGUAGACUAAAUGUGACUGCACAUACAUAUACUGCAAGUGUCCACUCUGCUGUAGUAAGACAUCCACCUCGGGGCAAAACAUGAGCCCUGUCGUCUUACAUUUGUUUCUCUGUUUGUGACUAUGUUAUCCUUCUGCUUUUCCUUUAACCGUACUAUUAAAAAAAAAAAAUCCUUCUCUACCAGGAUAACCACUUGGAGCGAUUUUUCACCCUCUGCCACGCCCUGGAGGGAGGAGCCACAUUCCCGCUGCGGGUCAGGGAGGAAAAGAUUCCAGAGAACAAGCUGGAGCAUGAGCUGAAACUCAGCAUCAUCUCCCUGUCGUCAUCAAGUUUAGAGCCUCUGGUCCUCUUCCUCCAUCUAGUGCUGGAUAAACUCUUCACCCUCAUUAUGCAGCCCAUGGUCAUCGCAGGCCAGACAGGUACAGAGUCAUUUUGAAGUCAUUGCUGUUGCUGAAGGAAACACUCGACGCUUUCGGCCUUGAUUUAAAGACCCAUGUGGGUCCAGGAAUUGCAAAUUAGCUCGAGCUAUAAAUGCUGCAGUUUGUGGUAUCAGAUUACCACCUUCAUACUUCUCCCUUUAUUAAUAAAACUUAAAUAAACAAAUAAAUCAUUCAGCAGUUCAAACAUCCCUUUGCUGUUUGUCUAAUAAAUCAAUUUGAGGUUUUUCUUUUUACAGUUUAGUUUUGUGUCACAUUUACGUGGAUGUUUGGCUGUUUUGUUGAUCAAACAAAAAUAUUUCUAGAUGUUAUCUUUGGCUCUCUGGACUCUUGUAUUUUUGACACUUGAUUGACCAAACCUUUGUAGGAUUAUGAUCCAUCUUUUCACUAUGUAAGACAUUAACGUAAUUCAUCUUGCUAUUUGCAGCAACUUCAGAUUUGGGAAUUAACAUCGCAAACUUUACAAAACCCUAAUUUGAAAUUCUUACGAUAAAUUAGAAACUAUAAAAGCUUUUAGCUGACAAGUGCUCACAUAUUUUGUUUACUCUGUAUGGAAAUUACUCCACCAUAUUCCUCCAUGAAAUUGACUAAAUUUAAGUUGGCUUCAUAAACUUUUUACUUGUUUUUUAUCUUUGGAUAAUAAGGCUAGUUUCCUCAUUACAAUGAAUUAAUUUAGUUAGUCUGUAUUAACAGGAAAACUUUUUUUUUGUUAAAACCACCCUGAUAAUAGAUGAAAUGAACUUCUUAUUAGCCUUCAAAUCUGCAUUGAAUAUCAAAGCAACAAGAUAAACAAACUGAGAUCUUAAGAUAAUGACAGUCCAUGGAAUAUUUCUCAUGGGAGUAAAUAAAAGUGUAUGAUGUGCACUUUAGGUUCGAUAAAAGUAAAGUAUCAGUAUUUUUUACAUUCCUGUUGAACAAUGUGCUUUUUUAAAGUGUUGAGUUUUUUGCACAGACAUGUUUUGUUCUUCACUGCCAACUUCAAUUACCUCAUAGAUUUGACUUAUCUUACUGAUCGCUCAAGGCCUGUUUUGAUACGCUUUAAUGUUAUUUAGUUUUUUCAGACUAAAGUGAUUCAUCUUUUUAUUUUGUUGUUACAUUUUGUAUUUAUUGAUAUCAUAGCUGUAAAAUUAUAUCUGUGUCUUUCAGCCAAUCUGGCCCAGAUCGCCUUCGAAUCAGUGGUGUCAAUAGUCAACAGUCUACACAACAGUCAGGAGCUGAUCAGGGACCAGCAGGGCAGAAACAGCCUUUUGGCGACGUACCUUUACUGGGUGUUUCGUCUCCCUGAUCCUCCCUCAGACAUGCAGAAUGCAGGUACUGACCAGUUCAUAAAUCAUUUCUUGCAUUUGUAACUUUUUGCCUUUUAGUUCAUUAUUGUGGUAACUGUAAGAGUUAAGAAUUGUUGUCAAUUAACCUGUGUUAAGGUUCAGCAAGUAUGUUGCCUUCGGCAGAGAGCCGUUACAGCACGAUGGGUCGGGCCACAGCAGCCACAGUGGGCAGUAUGCUUCUUCAGUCCAGAGUCCGCAGCAGCAGCAAUCCUGACAUCCCUGCUCCACACUCCUCUGCUGAAGAUGCUGAGGUCAAAAACAUCCUAAAGGUACAGAGGGUAAACCCUGUCUCUCCACAUCAAGAAAACCUGUAUUUGUGCUAUUUUAAAGGAAAGCUUUCAGACAACCACAUAUAAGUUGAGCAGUUAAUGCUUAAAGAGUGAUAUGUAUUCAUCUGAAAAGUUAAUAACAGAAACAUUUAGUAAAUGUCCCGAAUUUACUGUCAUUUUUGCUGAUGGUUGCACACACUAUGUGACUUAAUGCAAACAGACUUACUGCAGAAUGCAAAACAAAACAUUACCACACUACAUUAGAUGUUGUAAUUGGCCACUGGUUGCCCACUCUAAUGAAUGCAUCAAUCACAAUUAAUGUGUUGGAACCUUUGUGUUCUUGUCUCAGGGCCACAAUAACCCAGGCAGUCGCAUGUCCACAUAUGGAGAAGUGAGCAACCACCAGAGCUCUACAGGAAGCACCAGACCCUCCAACAGGAAGGUAAAACACUUUUAUUGUGUCUAAUUAGGGCUCCCACGCAUUAAUUUCCAGGUCUUAAAAAGUAUGGAAAAUGAAAAAUACAGUAUGGAAAAAUAUUUUUGUUUCCAAACUAUUACCACACUUCUAAAAUACUGUUUUCUAAAAUAGAAAAGUAGGUAUUUUUCCCAAAAUAAAUCUAAAAAGUAGGGUAUGGAAAAGUAUGGAAAUUCCAACUGUGUAGGAACCCUGUGUUUUGGUGUCGCUUUUUCAUGCCCCUUUCUUCUUGGUAUGUUUUGAUGCAGCACAGGUUCAUGAUUGAGUUUUAACAAGAGAUAAAGUGAACUGUUGUAUCAACUAUUUUAUUAUAUCAUUUUCAUACAAGCAUUAGGAUGUUUGUUUGUCAUGCAACACCUGACUGUGACCUAAAUCUCAUAUAUAUUUAGGUUUAGUUUGGUUAGUUUAUUUGUACCACUAGGAAGAUUUAAAUUGAGUAAGUCUGCAUCCUUAUAUACACCCAGUCAACAGCACAAGACUGAGUAUGCAGAGAUUUUUCUAAAUUUGCUGACUGACAAAGAUGAUUUAGAUAGAUAGGAUAGAUAAAUAAAUACUUUAUUAAUCACCACUAGGGGAAAUUCAGUUGUCAUUCAGUAGCAAGUACGGAUGUAAGAAAGACAAUAAAUAUAUAUCAAAAUACUCUAAAAGCCCACAACUUAAACCCCAAAAUAUUUAAAUAAACAAUGAUCAUUAUUUAAACGAAUAGCAGCAGGAAUGAAGGAUCUCCUAAAGCACUCCGUCCUACACCGUACGGAGAGGAGACGCUCAGAUCUGUUGACAUCAGGGUGACAUUAUAGGCUCAGUCUUGUUGCUUUGUUAUUCUUUUUUAGUCUAGAUAGUUCUACCUAUAGUGUUAAAACUGAGUUCAACUGUAAGAUAACAGUGUAUAUUCAACCGUAACAUUCGUAGUGGGUAGAGUAAGUUGUGAAAAAACAACCAAAGUUUGACAUUAAAUACAGCAUCAAAGCAGUUAAACUUUCAGUUUAAUCUCUGUAGCUGCUCAUAAAAGCUAGGCUGAAAUUAAAUUGGAGUGUUAAUUAUAAAACAUUGCAACCCACUCAGAGUUUUGCUGCCUUAAUUUAAUGCUUGAUUUAUAAAUCAAGGUUUGAACUAUCAGUACCCCUGAUAACCAGUAGGUGGGAGUGUUACACUGAAGACACAGAUAUUCUGCUUUAUUCAGAGCUCAGCCAAUAUGUCUAGAUUGAUUUAAAGUGAAGGUCAGAGUAUUAUUACAUGCAUGACUUGAUGAAACACUCUUCAGACUCUUUCCUAACAAAUGGAGGAUUUAUCUCACAGCUGUUUGUGUUGUUUUUCUUUGCAGCAGUUUCAUGAGGAGUUGGCUCUUCAGAUGGUCGUCAGCACCGGGGUCUGCAGAGAGAAUGCGUACAAAUAUGCCUGGUUCUUCUUUGAGCUGCUGGUCAGUGUGUGUGUGUGUGUGUGUGUUUGAAAUAAUAACAAGGGUGUUUACUUUUUGAUUGGCAGUGGAAAAAUGAAAAUUGAGAACUGCUUUGGGUUUAUAUUGUACAUGGAAGUAGAAAUAAAAACAGUACAUGACCUUGUCGACAAGCACUGUUAAAAGGAUAAAUGAUUGUUUUGUUGUUUGAUGGAUAAAACUGCAUUUUCAAGUCAAUCUAGUCUGUAAUUUAGAAAGCUUGUUGACAAUUUAUCACCCUUUUGGAGUUUUUGAAGUGAAUCAUCACUCAUUUUCACCCAAAUCCUUCCAGUAAAUCUCAAUUAUUUAUGUUUCUCCCCUUCAACACCUCACUUACGGGUGCUAAUUUUAAUAUGGCAUCUCAUAAGGCAUCCUUCAUAGCUCAGAUGAAAGCUGAUGUGAUAUAGAGGGAUGAUAAACACUUUUUUACAUCAGCUCCUCUCCUCGUCUGUCAGGUUUCUUGACAGAUUAUUGACUCACAUCCAUAUUCAUCACUCUCACUUUCAAUUGACAUUCAUUACUGCGGUAUCUACUCUUGCUUUUAUCUGAUUUUCAUUUGUUUUGCGUGUCCGUGCGUGUUUUGUCGUGUGACGGCUUUAACAGGUGAAAAGCAUGGCUCAGCAUGUGUCUCAUCUGGACAAGCACAGCGUCCCUCGAAGGAGCCGCUUCUCGGAUCGAUUUAAGGAUGACAUCACCACCAUUGUCUCUGUGGUUACAGCUGAGAUUGGGACAAUCCUUGUCAAGCAACAUAAGGUAAUGUGACCUUAACUAUAACUUAGGCUCAUCCUUUACCCUACACUGUGUUUUUGUGCCUCCUUUUCUCCUUGUUUUGGUGCAGCAGAGGCAGUUUCAUCCUGAGCGUACAUGUUGUCAGUGUCCUCCAAACAACAGGGGAGAUGGAGGUGCUAAUUAUAUUUGCCUCUGCGGUAUCAAAAGCUCAGCUUUCACGGCUAUUUGCUUGGCAAGAUCCACUCAGUGUGGCUUACUGAUUGCUCUUUGUUGGUUGUUGUUGUUUUAGGAGGUAGAGCAAGCAGAGAAAGUCAACAUCAGUCUGGCCUUCUUCCUCUACGACCUGCUGUCUCUCAUGGACCGGGGAUUUGUCUUUCAGCUGGUGAAAAACUACUGCAACCAGGUAUAAAUACUUUAAACAACACAUGUAAUGAGCCUGAUUAAAAUUAGGACUGUUUUAAGACAUUUCAAGAGAUAACUGUGAUGUUUCUUUAUUUUUGGUCCUCUACUUCUGUCUAGAUGUCAGCUAAGAGUGUGUCACUGCCAACACUGAUCAGCAUGCGUCUGGAGUUUCUGCGAAUCUUGUGCAGUCAUGAGCACUACCUCAACUUGAGCCUCUUCUUCAGCAGCCCUGCCUCUGCUCCAGCCUCACCAUGUCCCUCCAUCUCCUCACAGGUCUGCACAAUCAUCUGUCAAAUUUUUCUAUGUAUUUGUGUUUAUAUUUCAGGCAUGAGGGUGAUUUUUGUCUUCAUUGUUGAUAAGUACUUUAUUCUAUUAUUUGGCCAUUUAAGGGCAGCACAGGGAAACACAAAUACAGCAACUGCUACCUCAGAAAGAACAACAAAUAUGGAGAUCAAAAUGUAUAAAAAGAGUUAUUUAAGACGUGCUUUUCCUCACACUGAGAUAAAAAUCACCCUUUGGCUCAUAACCCUCUCAUUCAAUCUGUCAUGCUUUCAUUUCAUAUUCUUAUUCAGAGUUCAGGCUCCAUCGGUUACCAGGAGCAGCAGAGGAUCUUGGCGCUGUUUGAGCUUUCUCAGGAGUUCAAGCAGCAGCACUACCUCACUGGCCUCCUGCUGACAGAGCUCAGUGCUGCUCUGGACAUGGAGUCAGAGGGGUAUGGAAACACAAACACCUUCAAAUUGUUACUCAUACAGUAUGAUGUUGUUCUAAAAAAGCAAUCUUUUAAGUUUCCCACAUUGCUGAUAAAAAAAGUCAAACUUGGACUUGAAAUAUGAAGGCCUGCCAAUAGUGUUUUGCAAGCACAUACUGAAAGUGUUCUAGCUCAGUGUUCAGUUCUCACAGAUUACAAUGAGCUAGUUUGCAUUCAUAGUUCAUUUUGAAAAACUUUGAACUGAGUUCAUGGUGCAAAAUACAAUCCUGUUAUUGACUGAUCACUUCAGGAAUUUAAAUUGCUUUGUUUUUUUUUUUGUUUUUUUUUCACAGCGGAAAGGUCCAGAGAAAGGCCAUCAAUGCAAUUUACAGCCUUCUGUGUUCCCAUGAUCUUGACCAUCGCUGUAUCAAAACAGAGGUCAGAGCCAAGAUGGCGACUCUCUACCUCCCCCUCGUAGGGAUAAUCAUCGACUCCACCAACUAUCUCGACUUCACUGGUAAUUCUACAAACCCACUCACAGCCACCCUGAAAUGUAAACUGUGUAUGCCCCUUUUGAAAAAUAGCAUAUAAAGUCCUUUAAAUUGUGGUCAUUUAUCUCCUAGACAUAUACAGCCCAUAUAGACUGUAAAUCAAGACAGAAUGAACUCAUCAACAGAAUACCGGGCCUGAACUUUAUAUUUUUGACAUUUUUGCAAACUUAAAAGAAAAAAAAAAACGGAAAAUGUACUCACCCUCGAAGGCGGUACAAGAAGGACUUUCCAAAAACAAUAAAUAGACUUAUAAAAAUAACCCCACUGAAUCAUCACUGGAAGCCCUGACUAGAUGUGUGAUCCUGACCCUUCCCCCUGCCUGUGCUCGCUCUGAUUUUGCUGCUUUGUUUAACUACUUGCCCCCCAGCCUUAACAGAGCACAUUGUAAAAGGAUGGGAUGUGCCAGGUACCAGACUGCGGGUGCUAAUUUAUGAGGAAGCUACUGGUGUCAUCAAACUUGGAAAGAGCUAAAUCUGAAUGCAUUGUUAGCAGACUUAUGUUCUGCCCUAAGCUUUUGAUUUUAUGUUUCACUUGUGACCUGUGAGUGAGUUCUAUUGUAUUUGCAUAAUGGACUCAGAGGAGGCUGAUCUUUUGCAUGAACUAAUGAAUAUAUAACAAUUACUAACAGUUUGUUUUGAUCAAAUUGUAUUUAAUCUACCUGUUUCCUUUUAUAUCUUUGUAAUGUGUCCUGUGAUAUACUUUCUGGAGUGUGAGGAGUAGUCUGUUGUUCGACACUUUGAAGUGCUGAAAAGUUUUUUUUAUCUUUCUUAAUUUUAACUCUGUGCGCUCUCACUCUUUCCUCUUCAAUUUUACAUACCUGACCGCUUAUUUCUCUGUAGUUUCUGACACACGCGGCGGGAAAAACAAGACAGGUGGACCCGAGGAUGACCUUGAAAAUGUCCCACCCAUCAAUCAGUCUGUUGCCAUGGCAAUCGCCGGGAAUCCCUUCAACACGCUGGGACGGAAUGUUCUUGUUUCCAUGGCAUCAAUGGUAAAAUUCUGGUAUUAUUACUUAACAUUAAGAUUGUAUCGAACCGCAGUCGGUUUGAUUGUUUUAAAAAGUUCAAAAGUGCAUUAGUGUGUGUGUUUGUGGUUGUGUGUGUGUGUGUGUGUGUGUGUGUGUGUGUGUGUGUGUGUGAAAGUAUUCUGCCUCCUAACAGGUGAGCUGCACUGAGGCAGAUUGAUUAGCUGUCAGUGCCACACACACACUUCAUCCAUCCUGAAAAAUCACACCCACACAUACACUCAUCCACACACACAUGUCUGUUGGAGAUGGUUUAUGGGUAGGAAUUGCCAUCAUAAGUGAACAGGGCCGUCCCUCCCUGACAAACAGAUCCAUCAAGUGUAGCUACAGCAACAACACAAGCAACAUUAAAAAAACUCAACACUGCCUUUCUAUUCCUCCUUUUUUCGCUUCUUUCCAGGAGAUGAAUCAGUUCCUUCUCUGUUGUAACAUGAAAUACUGUUGUGGAAAAACUGAUUUUUACAGAGCUGAGCCGUCACCUGGUAUCCAUCACAGAUCCAAACAUGGCUGCCAGAACGCUUGCUCUUCAUUUUCAUGCUGAUCCCCUUCAAACAAUGUUUGACUCUUUUACUCAUAGCAACAGACAUGGUUUUUCAUAUGGAGCAUAUUUUACAAAUAAACAAGUAAUGGCUUGGAUUACAUCCUACAAAUUUUUGGAGGCUUGGUUCUGGUGAGCUUCACUCAGUCCUGCUGUGAAACAGAGAGCUGGAAACCAGGUUCUAGGUGGGACACUCAGAGCACUCAGAGGUUAAUGGGUACAUUUAUCAAAGCUGCCACACAGUGAAGCAGCAGUAGCUCUCUGAAGUAGUGAUUCAUCAUCACAGAAAUGAAGGUGAAUUAAUCUGCAAUAGAUUUAACACCUAUUAAAAUGGGCUGGGGAACAUACUUCAGUUAAGCAGGUUUGGUGCCCGUUGUUUGUGGUUUACUGAAGCUUGUGAUGAUACAGUUCGUUCAUUUGAUACACUAGUUGUUUAUUCGGGGUAACUCAAUGACCAGAGCAGCACACUGCAGCAGUGUUUGAUAGUCAAAUGGGCUCUUGUUGGUUCAGAUUUCUUUUUCAGAAUGUUAUUAUUGCACAAGGGUAGAUGCAUGUAUGAAAAGGGGGAGGGUCUCUUAUGCUGCAUUAAACCAUAUCUCAUUGCACAUUCACCUCCUUCCUCUCUCCUCCUCUCAGCAAAGUAAAUCCAUAGCCGCCCUGGCAGCAGACACCAGUCGCCACCUGUUGGUGUGUUUCCUGUGGGUGAUGAAGAACGCUGACAGGAGUUUGAUUCAGCGCUGGACCGUAGACAUGCCUCCCUCACAGCUAAACAAGCUGCUGGAGCUCCUUACUAUCUGUGUGUCCUGUUUUGAGUACCGGGUCAGUUUGCACAUUAUUACGCUAGUUUUCUUAUCAGUGCAGUCAUUUCAAUUCUGUAUCUGUUGUUUAUAUAAAUACAGAUGGAGACGUAUGCGUUUGUAUGUUUUUAUUCUGCAGCUGCAUUUAUCAGAUAAAACCUAGGGAUAAAGGCAGAGCAUUUUGUAUGUAAUAUUAAAACUGUUUGUUGUUUAUUUUUGUGAAUUUUUGUUGGUGUGUUUGUAGGGCAAGCAAAGCAGUGACAAAGUGAGCACCCAGGCCUUACAAAAAUCCCAGCAGGCUAAGCUGCAACUGGAAGAAGCCCUGCUGAGAGGGAUGGGCGCCCGAGGGGAAAUGAUGAAACGGGUUGGAGGUAUUGGAGGUAGUGUAUGUCCCUGCACUUUAACAGCUGCCUUUUAUUUGCAAGAUUUUUCUACUGUCAGAUUAAUAUUAGAGUUUUCUGCAAAUGUAAAAAUUUUUAACAUGACCUAUCCCCCAAACUAGCGAACACUCACUUUUUUAAAAAUGUAUCAGUAUCUUAGAAGUGUGCAGUCAGCAAGUCGCUGUAAGAACCAAUUUCAUAUCACCAAGUCUUUGCUGUGGCACUUCAGUGUUCCUGCAAUAGUCAGGAGUUUCAUGCAUCCUAUAUGUGCUCUAUGUGCAGUUUUUAAACAUGAUUGUACUCCAUCGUGUAUUGACUCCAAGUAGGUAAAUGAGAAAAUGCAGCUCUUCCUUUUCCCAUUUUUUGAAAAACAAAUAAAUCAAUUUUGACACAGAUUACACUUGUGUCCUUUAAAUCUCAAUUUCUCUCUUUGCACUAUGAUAAUUUGCCUCAUUUGUUUCUGCAUAUGUUUCAUUUCUGUGGUUUUGUACUUUUUGUGCACUGAAAUAAAUGCAUUUUUGUAAGAUUUUCAAUAUUUACUCCUCACAGGAAUGGACAGGACUAUGGGCCAGAGGGAAAACCUACGAUGGAGGAAAGACCUCACUCAGUGGAGACAGACCAACGAAAGACAGGAUAAGUAAGUCGCAAGUAUUUGUUUAGUCUUUUGUCUGUUACUUUGCCUCUCUUCUGUUAUUUUGAUUUUUUGGUGUCGUUUUUAUUCCACAUCCACUCUGUCUCAGGACUAAAGCCGAGUUGGACCAGGAAGCUCUGAUCAGUGGUAACUUAGCCACAGAGGCUAACCUUAUUGUGCUGGACCUGCUGGAAACCAUCGUGCAGGUGAGAACACUGACCUCAAAACUAUUGCUCCAUCUUAAGACAAACUAUGUCUAAAAUGUUCAAAAAUUGAAAAUCUAGAACGCAGCCCUUUUUAGAAAUUGGACAUUUUGUACUGGAUGCACUACAUUGUAAUUUGUGUAAGGGAACAUGUAAAAUAGCGACGUUCUAAAGCAACUCAUCUCCUCAUCAUUUAAACGGACAAUUAAUUCCGACUGAGUCACUAGUCUAAAAUGACAUUUUGUACUUUAUUUGAAAACACUCUGAACUGGGCUCAAUUUAUCUAACAUGACUAAAUAAAGAAUCAAUUAGUCUGUUGCUGAACAUACCUGUGCUAGUCAUGUGUUUCUUCCAUGCAUUCAUGGGGUUAUAGGAAUCUGUCAUCUGUGCUUGUUUAUAUGCUGGUAGUAGAGCAUUACAGGAUUGUGGCAGUAGCUGUUAAAAAGUCUGCACUACAGCUCGGAUAAGACUUUGACUGGCAUGUAAAACUCACAAUAAUGAAAACCUCAUUAAUCAAUCGAUAAUACUGAGUGAGGGUGAUGACGUUUUAUCACGCAGUCGACUUAAGGUGCACAUUAUUUUUCAAAAUAUGAGAUAAAUUUGUGAUCUUUUAGAAAGUUUCUGAAAAUCAAUCCAUUCCUUCACACAGUCAGUUUUGGAAAUUGAAUAUGGUCUCAGACCCAGCUUGUAUCUUUUAAAUGAUGGAUUGGACCUUCAGUUGGACUGGAAAAAAUGCAGGAUAUUAGUCAUAAUCACAUAUUUUGCUAAGAAAUGUAUACUUUUACUUUGGAAAGAAGAUUUCCUGUCACCUUGUAAGUUCUUCGUGGAUCAAAUGUCAGCGUUUUUACCACUGGAAAAAUUAACCUUGGAAAAAUACAAUUGUGGUCAUAUCUUUCAAGAUUUUUGGUCUCCAUUAUUUUCAAAAUUGGAGAAUUUCUUUAAGAGGGACCACAGAUUAUUUGUAAUUAAGUAGGUAUGCAUUUGUAUAUUUGCAUGCUUAUGAAUAUCUUCAUACAUAGCCUAUAUGUAUACACAUUUGGAUAGAGUUUGUUGAUGUCAUAGUUGUUUUUACUGUUAUUUAUGUUUAUUUACUUAUUUUUCUUAUUUUGUUUCUCUUUAAUGUCCUUGUCUGAUUCUGUACUCUUCAUUUAUUUAUUUAUAUGUACCUAUAUUUUUUUUCUUUCUGUUCUGUAUCCCCAUGGGAAUAAUGGGGAGGGUAGGAAAUAAUGUGGUGUAAUACCAGUCUGAAGCAUCUGCAGGUGUAACCAUUUCUGUAAUUUCUCAUCCCUCACCCAUUCAGGCACUGCCAUUGGCUGACUGUAAGGACAGCGUGGUUGGUGGGGUGUUGAAGGUGUUACUCCACUCUCUCACCUGCAACCAGAGCACCACUUUCCUCUCUCACACCUUCAGCACACUCAGGGCUCUUGUUGUCAAGGUACUUUCAAACUGAUGUGUAUGUGAGCUUUGUGAAAAUUCAGUAGACGAUAUGUGUGGGCGGAUGUGUCCUUUUAUAAACAGACUCUAUCUGAGUCUAUAUUAAAUGUUCUCAUUAGCCUGUGGGGGUAGCAAACUGCUGAUCCAAGAGUAGUUGUAUAAAUGUGUGUACGUCUAAGUAUAUCACUGCGUGUGUCUGAAUUUAUGUGUCUGUAUGUGUGUGUGUGUGUGCGUUUUUUAUGUAGUUUGGGGACUUGCUGUUUGAGGAGGAGGCAGAACAGUGUGCAGACCUGUGCCAGAAGGUGCUCCAGUACUGCAGCAGUCCUGUCGACGAGAACAGGAGCCAAGCCUGUGCUACCCUCUACCUCAUCAUGAGAUACAGCUACAGCAAUGCCAGCGUAAGCAUACAGUAACAUCACACACCAAAUCUUCUGUAUACGCUCCGAAAGGUUGCAACCCCCAUAGAUUUACCCACAGAAAGCAAAUGUCAGGCGUGUGUUACCUUUCUGUCAGAUAAAACCUUAUCUAACAUCGGAGCCUGCUGCAGAAAUUGCAUUGAUGUCAGGCUAAAUUGGAUUUAAGUGCACAUGAGAGCACCGAAUUGCUUAUGAUGCAUGUUCUCAUGAACACACACACAGAAGCAGGAUGUCACACACAUCUUAUCCCAUCUUCUCUCCACUUUUCCUCUCCCGCUCAGCUUUAAUGUCUUUUCCAUGUCUAUUUUGAGCGUGCCGCAGAAACUUUCUGCUGAAGGAUGUGUCUCUGAGAAGAGAGCAGAGAGAUAUGUCACUGUCUGCUUCGCCAUGUUCCUACCCCUCUUUAACUAAUGACAGCCAGACCUCUAUGUGUGUGUGUGUCUUUGUGUGUGUGUGUGAGAGAGAGAGAGAGAGAGAAAGAGAGAGAGAGCAUGCAUUUAGGUACAUACAGUAUGUGUGAGUGUGCGAGUGUAUGCGCCUAAAGGGCAGAGAGGAGAAGAGGGAGGGAAUGCAGAAAGGAGGAAAUCAGGAUGAAGAUAGAGGAGUGUUUUUGCCAGAGGUAAAGCAGUGAUGGAGGGAUGAGAUUUAAAAGAGACAGAUCAGAAGGGAGGGAGGUUUAGGAUAGAGUUUCUUCUUUCAGUUUCUCUGCUAGUUCGAUAAGUGCUUCUGCAGCCGAUAUUUCCUGUGUUUACAGUCUGUACACUUUAAUGAAAGUCAGACACCAGCCCGUGCAGCAGCGCACUCACACACACACACACACACACACACACACACACACACACACACACACACACACACACACACACACUCUUACAGUGUCUCCAGUCAGAGAGCACUUCCAUCUGCGUGUCCCAGCGUUUUGUUUGUUUAUUCGCUGUACACAGAGGAAGCUGUGAUCUGAAUUAGCGUAGCGGGCCUGUGACUCAUUCAUACAGAACUUACUCUCUACCUCUUCUUUUGUUUAUGUUUUUAUCCCUCCGUCCACCCGCGCCUUAGCCUUUGUGUGUCAUACACGCAUUUUUCCUCUCCAUCGUUUACUUUCAUUUUAGAUUGUGGUAAAAAAAAUAAAAUAAAAAAAAAGGAAAAAAAAAAACUGCCUUUGUCCUCUGACAUUGAACCAUCUACAAAACAAGAAAACUGAUACCUGUGGUUGGAACAAAUCCACUGAAGUCAUUGAAAGGUUGGCUAGAAGGCAAGAGGAAAAGGGGCAGCAGAGGAAGAAAGGAGAGAGAGAGAAAGUCAAGGAGGGUUAUGUGUUGACUUAGGCAAUCAUUUAGGCUACUUUUUAGUACACACACACUCACACACGUACGCCCUGAGUUAGAGGGCAGUGAUGGGUGGUUAGGCCCUGGCUCCAUGCUCAGUUGAACAGAAUGGGGCCGUAGAGAUGAUCCAUGGGUGAUUAUGUCUCUGCUAAUGGGAGAUCAUUUCCCGCUUAGCUGGUCAUGCCGGAGAUAGAUGGGACAUCACAAAUACACCAGCACACACACUCUUUCUCUCUCUCACUCACUCACUCACUCACUCACACACACACACACAUGCACACACACACACACAGUCCUCGCUGCAGAGGAUGGAGGAGUGUUUGUCAGGCCUGUUAUCUUUGACAGGUAGUGUGAAGGAUGAAGUGAAAAGGAUGGGAGGGGGUAAGGGACAAAAACGGAGAUGAAUAAACACAAAGACAGCUUACCAAUAUUAGCAUUGCCCAUUAUCUUUUUUCAAUUGUAAAAUAACACAGCUGCUGCGGCUCCAUGUAUUUAGAACAAACAAAAGAAGAAGAGGCAAAGUUUUUUUUUCUUUUUUUCCCAGAGACAACACUGUAUGUAGCAGCCAUUUGUCUGAAAAAUCUAAAUCAAAUUUAAAGCAGACAUAAUCAAACAUUAUCAAAGGGCCACUGAUGCACUGUGUGGAUGUAGUGUACGAAGACAUUGUAUUCAUCACAUUGUUUGUGCAAGAGUUCUGUGUUUUUAGAGAUUUAUUUUCCAAAACCAAUCAAGCAAACAAAAAGAACCAAGAGGACCAUAGCUCCUCCUGCUUCUCUUGUGCUAGUUUUAAACCAUAGACCCACUCAGGUGCAUGUUGAUCCACUGUCUGCCUGCCUACAGUAAGUUACUAUAGGUACCAACAUUGUUACCUAAAUGGCCAAGAACCAAAUCUUAACAUGUUUAGAGUUAUAACCAAACGGAUUGCAAAAGAAACUAUUUCAAAUAAUCUAGUGUAAAUUAAGUAGAUUGAAUAUAAUCUAAUAGUUCCCAUACAUGGUUUGAGUUGGUGAUUUUCAUUACACUAUAGAUCCAACACAGUGUGAGUUGUCUGUCUCUCUAUGUGGCCCUGCAAUUGACUGGCGACCAAUUCAGGGUGUACCCCGCCUCUUGCCCGAUGACAGCUGGGAUAGACUCCAGCCCACCCGCGACCUCGGAAGGGAUAAGCGAUAUAGAAGAUGAAUGAAUAUAGGUCCAACACUUUGAUGAGCACAACCAAAUGCCAUUUACAACUAUUUGUUAAUUUCAUUCUAAAUGAAAUUUAUUUUAUCAUUUUGUUAUGCUCUUUAAUGAACAGAGGUAUAAAAAAAAAAAGAGUGGUUAUUUUAAUUGUAACAAAACAACAUUUUUAUAAUGAAAAUCAAUGAGUGAAUCAAUGAAUAUUAAGAUGUCAAAAAUCUUGUGAUAUUGCCAUGAGGUUGUAAGCCCAACCCAGAUCCACCUUCUGUCUGUGUUUACACAGGCUGAGGGUUAAUAAAUCAGCAUUUUUAACAUGGUGCCUUACACAGUUUGAAUUUCCAUACUUUUCCAUACUCUACUUUUUAGAGUUAUUUUUGGAAAUACCUACUUUUCUAUUGUAGAAAACAGUAUUUUAUAACCGUGAUAAUAUAGCCUGUUAACAUAAAUAUUUUUCCAUAUAUACUUUAUUUUUCAUUUACCAUACUUUUUAAGACCUGGAAAUUGAUCAAAUUACUUCCAUACUUUCCACACUUGCGUAGGAACCUUGUUACAUCAUUGAGCUUCAAUACGUCUCUCCAGAAACCAGCAGCCGACUUUACAGAGACUGUGCCUGAGUUUUAUGCAGCAUGCAAAUGUCAGUAGAUUUUUUGCAUGCAUGCAGAAAUGCUAAUGCUUUAACACCAACCCACAUGGAGCAUCCUGUCUGGAUUUACACCAUGGAUUAUGGUUGCUUGCACAGACUUAUCAAAGAUUUGUUUUUAGUCCUUAUCACAAGUAAUCUGUCAAUCCCUUGCCUUAAGUUAUAUUAUAUGCCAUAUCUCAUGACUCUCAUGAAUUAUUGACCAGACAGAGUGCUUUGGGGAUUACGCGCUGAAAUUUGGCGCUCUCUAAUAAAAAGCCUCUUCUGUCAAAGUUAAUAAAAGCUCUGGGAAUAUUGUCAUUUUUAUGGUAGCUAGGCGUUUUAAAAGUAAGUGUAGUUAGAAAGGCACAGACGAGGGAUUGUUCAAAUCAUUGCAAGCUGCAUUUGUCCGUUAAAUGUUAGUUUGCUUUGUCUAGCCAUUUUAAUUGAUCACUUUUUACUCAAGCUGACAGGCAAAUGAAAGUUCUUUAUAUUUGAGGUUAAUUGAGUGAUGAGAUCCUACUUUACUGUGCUGCAUCAGAGAAAAAAGGAAUGAUCCUUAUUGCAUGAUGAAUGCUGCUGAAAUUACAGUCUCUGGUAUUCACUGUGGCUCUCUCUGUCAUGAUCAGAAUUUCUCCAGAGUGAAGAUGCAAGUCACCAUGUCUCUGGCCUCGCUCGUGGGUAAAUCAUCAGACUUCCAGGAGGAGUACUUACGGCGUUCUCUCCGCACCAUCCUGGCCUACGCUGAAGAGGACACUGAGAUGCAGAGCACUCAGCUGCCCUCACAGGUAUACAGCCGCACACAAACUGCAUCAUAUGGCUGAUGGUAAAAGCAUUCACAGCUCAUGCCUGCCUGUGUUUGUAUUUUCAGGUGGAUGAACUUCUCAGAAACCUUAACAGUAUUUUAUCAGACACCGUGAAAAUGAGAGAGUUCCAGGAAGAUCCAGAGAUGCUCAUGGACCUCAUGUACAGGUUAGAUACACACACACACAAAAAAAAAAUCUGUAUGUAAAGUCUGCCUUAAAGUCUUUUUCUGUCUGUCUCUGAAUAUAAUCCUGCUCUCCUCUCUCUCAUCAUCCUGUGGCUCCUCUCUAUGUUGUGCUGCUGGUUCCUAUUUCACUGUGGUCUGGGCUGUUUUGCCUCUAUUUGCUGCCCUCACUAUGGAAACCAUGUGGUAGCAGUUUAGUCUUCUGAUCUGGCUUUGUGUAUAUGCAAAUGCAAACAGCGUGUGUCUGUAGAAUCAUGUGUAAGAACAUGAAGGGGAAACACUGAGACAGAGAGAGCAUACAUGUGCUGUGUGUUGAUUUAGGCUCUUUAGCUCAACUUGCUCUAAUGUCACCUACACGUGUCAUUUAUCACGCACCUUUCUGUUUGGGGUUUCGAUCCUCAGUGUUUGACAGCUUCACAGAGCGACCUGUGGGCUUUUUAUUCUCACCUAGACUCACCUCGAGCUCCCAAACACACAGGUCAUUGAUGCACACACAUUUGGCCUCCAGAUGCUUGAAUACAUUUGUAAGUAUAGUAUACUGAUUCACCUACUGAAAACAUAAAUUCAUUCAGACUGUGUUGAAUUUAUCCCCAUGUUGUCAUGCUCAUGGUUAUUCAUACGGUCCAAGGACAGGAAAACAUUUUCCAUAUUCAGAGUUUCCAGAAAAACAGGGUUUGAGAAUUGAAUUGUAUGUGGGUGACUUAUGUAUAUUUGCCGCAUUAGGCCUGCUAACUGUGUGGUCGAAGCUUUUGCUGUGACAGCACCCUAACACUGGAACAGUUUCCCCCUCUACUUUUACUCAACAGAAAUUUAAAACCACUUUUAAAUCCACUUCCAGGAUGCAUUUUUGCAGACUUGUUUUUUGAUAACCACAUUUUUAUAAUGAGCCAACUUUACGAUCCUUUUUGUUGCUUUUCUCGAUGUCAACCAUUGUCUCUUUAACUUGUUUCUGCUUAAAUAGUGUGCUUGCCUUUUGCUAAGUGUGCAAACUUUUAUUGGUUGUCUCUUUUAACUUUUUUGAAAGGUCUUUGUGCUUCUGCCCCACAAAUAAAUAAAAUAAACACCAAAAGUAGUAUGAUAGACAUAAUAAUCACAGUAAAUCUGGCACGGACCAUGACAUGCAAUGCACUACUAUUAUGUACAAAAAGGAUUAGGGCCACAUGAGGAGAAAAAAAAAAUAUUGGAAGGAGAUUAAAGAAGAAAUUUCAAGACUAAAGUCGAUAUUUCGAGAUUUAAAAUAAUAAAAAUUAAACCAUAAAGUCAAAAUUUUGAGAUUAAAAAUUGAAAUUUUGAGAUUAAGGUCAAAAUUGCAACAUUUAAAAAUAUCAGUUAUGUCCAUAUAGUCGAAAUUUCGAAAUUAAAAAAUGUUGUAAAUAAUGUUAAAAUUUCAAGAUUAAAAUCUCAGAAUUUUGACUUUAUUAUGAAAAUUCGAUUUUUUUAAUCUUGAAAUUUCGACUUUAAUGUCAAAUUUUGCCGUUUCAUCACGACUUUUUAAAAUUUCGACUUUAAUCUCGAAAUAGAAAUUUUAAAAAAAAUCUCUACUUGUGGCCCUAAUCCUCUUUCGUAUGAAUGCAGAAAAGCAUGAGAGUGGAAGAAAUUAAUAAAAACAUCAAAGGAUGAUUGAUUAUGAAUAGCCAGAAGAAUCCCUAAUUAGUCUCAAGUUCAAGUUCAAGUCUCAAGUUUGGUAAGUCUGUCGUUAAAGCUACUGUAAAGAGUAUCUUGUUGGUUAGGAAACUGACUGAAAUGUAUAUUGAUGCCUUGUUAUGAGCUACAAGCGCAAAUGAAACCAUCAGCAUUUGGACUGGGUAUUUCCAAAAAUGUAAUUUCUUGCACCUUAAAUCGCUGCAGCAGAGUAGGUGAUAGACAAAGAGAUUUCUAAACCACUGCAGAAACACCCUUCGUAAAAAAGAUGCAUACAUGCUUAACUGUGAAGUAUACAACAUGUUUGACUGUUGAAGAAAGAUGUGUUACAAUUUUGUGUCAGAAACCACAACCCACAAAUGUACAGGACAUAAUCAGCCAUGUCUGCAGGGGGUGCAAAUAUCAACACAAACACAAACACAAAGUUCCUCACAGGAGCUUUUUAAAAGGUUAUUCAUGUAAAUAGUUUAAAAAUACUUGCAGUUUUUUUCUCGAGCCCCUUGCCAAAGCAUAUUGGCAUAGAGAUAAUGCAGUCAUCAAAUUCAUCAUUUCUCUGGAAAACUUGCUCGACAGUUCUCUACUUGGGUGGCUUUGAAACUCAGAUACCCCUGUGUGCAACCUUGGUGCUUUUGUGAAGUUUGGCACAUUUCUCAGCCUCCUGUUCAUGAUGUAUUUAUUGUCUCAAAGCGUUUCUCUGCUGCUCUCUCAGCCAAGUCUCUCCUCAUAAAUGGAUCUCAAUCUCAAUGAGAUGUUUACAUGGUUGAAUAAGGGAAAGAAAAACCGAAAAAAACAACAAUCGCCUUGUUUUCUUCUUCUCCUUAGGAUCGCGAAAGGCUACCAGACGUCUCCUGACCUUCGACUGACCUGGCUGCAGAACAUGGCAGAGAAACAUAACAACCGGAAGUGCUACACUGAGUCAGCCAUGUGUCUGGUCCACGCUGCUGCCCUUGUGGCCGAGUAUCUCAGCAUGCUUGAAGAUCACAAGUACCUGCCUGUUGGCAGCGUCACCUUUCAGGUAGAGAACACAAACACAGAUAUGCACACCAUAUUAGCGUGAAACUGAUAAUAAACACAUGCUCAGAAAGGGAAACGGAGCAUUGAUAGACACACAGAAUAACCGUUCAUUGUUUGUUGUGACUGCUGGUUGUUUAGUUGAACUGAGGCAAACCCUUUGCUGCACAAUACACAACAUCACACAUCUCCCCAUGGACUAUUUCCAAAUUUGGUUGCGUGUGUCCAGAGGAGGGAGCUGUGCACUCAUAACGUCAACAUAUAAAUAUGGUCCCCUGAUAGCACAGCUUAACUCACAGCCUUUGAAGACGAAGGAGGGGAAAAGGCAAAUGUGCUCCUGCGGGAUCAUAUGAACAGACUGUUCCCUUGAGCUGAGCACAAACAGUUAGCACAGUUACUAUGACGACAGUGUUAUCGAUGAGCUGUGUCGCUUACAGGACCUCUGUGGUGCUUUGGUACAGGACCCUUUAACCUGCAGCAGUUGGCAGGUCAUUGAUUGGAUGGCCAUUAAAUUAGUUCCACUUCCCACUGUAGGACAUCUCCUUUUAAAGUCAGCCUUCAGAUUGAUUAUCUGAUUAAGAGGACUAAUUGAUCGAUUAGCUGACUUUUUCUCCUCAGAACAUCUCUCCCAAUGUGCUGGAAGAGUCCGCGGUGUCAGAUGACAUCCUGUCCCCUGACGAAGACGGGGUGUGUUCAGGACGCUACUUCACAGAGAGCGGCCUGGUGGGACUGCUGGAGCAGGCGGCUGAGCUGUUCAGCAAUGUGAGACAAUGACGCUGCAGUGAGAUUUGAGUGUUUUGUGUCAGCACAGGAACAUGUAGAUACAUCCCAGAUUCAUACCAGACAAUCGUUUAUCCAAAAUAGUUAGUUUUCUUAUUACAAGUUCAAAUGACAGCAUACACUAAAAGUAGUUUGAUUUUCUCAGCCCUCUGCAUAUAUUGCAUCAUUUUUUAUAUAUAUAAGUUAGUAAUAAAUAACAAAUGAGUGCUGUUUUGAAUGAGUUAAGAAAAAACAUUUUCUUUGAUGCCUAUCUCUGUAAUGCAUUAUAAGUAUAUGUAUGAUGUGUUAUAAUCAUGUUAUAGCACUGUAUAACUAUAGUUAUAAACAUUCAUAAAUUAUCAUAAUGCUUUAUAACAACAAUCAUAACACAUUAUAAAGCAUUUUAUCAUGACUUACAAGGUCAGGUAUUAUAAUGUGUUAUAACUGUUAACAACUCACUGACAAUGCCCACAUAGAUAAUGCAUUAUACAUAUAUUUAUGAUGUGUUAUAAUUUGCUUAUAAACUUGUAUAACUAUCAUCAUUAACACUUGUUAUCAUAAGGCCUAUAACAAUAAGCAUAAAAUAUUAUAAUACCUGACCUUGUAAGUCAUGAUAAAAUGACUUUAUAAUGUGUUAUGAUUAUUGCUAUAAAGCAUUAUGAUCAUUUAUGAGUGUUUAUAACUAUAGUUACACAGUGCUAUAACGUGAUUAUAACACAUUAUACAUAUAUUUAUAAUGCGUUAUAGAGAUAGGCUUCAAGUUAAGUGUUACUGAUAAUUGUUUUAUAGAUCACUCUGAAUUGUCAAAAAAAAUAGAUCAUGUGUCAUUUUGUUUGAAUUUAGGGGAUUUUAAAUGAAAGUGUUUGAUUUUCUAAUCAGCUGUGAUGACUGUUUUCUCAGGGCGGUCUGUACGAGGCAGUGAACGAGGUCUACAAGAUUAUCGUUCCGAUCCUAGAAGCUCACAGGGAUUUCAGAAAACUGGCAUCAACUCACGACAAGCUACAGAGAGCAUUUGAUAACAUCAUUCAGAAGGUAGAGGAAAACUGUGUAAUAAAGUAUUAGCCGCUUCAUUUAUUCAAUUAAGAUUAAAAUGGUAAUAAGAAAGAAAAUACUUGAUGAUGUUAAAAGAUCUUUUGCAGAUUGUAAAAGCAAUUAAAAAAGAUUAUUCCACAGGCAAAAAUAAUCUACUCUUUUUAAAUGCCUUUUUGUACCUGAGAGGCUGGAUAGAUGCCAUUAUUGUAUAUUUCUGAAGGCCUCACAGCCAUAUCAAAUUUCAGAAUCAUCUCUUUAAAGUACUCUUAACAAUAAGAUCCCAUAAAAGGCAAUGAAAAUAAGGAGAAACAAUAUGUCCCUCUGACUAGGGACUAAUAUAAAAUCUUCUCUCUGGUUCCCUCCAGGGCCACAAGAGGAUGUUUGGAACCUAUUUCCGGGUGGGUUUUUAUGGGGCCAAGUUCGGUGACCUGGAUGGACGGGAAUUCAUUUACAAGGAGCCGGGGAUCACGCAUCUGCCUGAGAUAUCACAUAGGCUGGAGGUACAAGAGGGGGGGAGGAGUGUUUGUGUGAGCUCUCUUAUGCAUGCUGUGAAUUAAAGUGUGAAUGGCUGUGGAGGGAGAGGGGGAGAUUGUGCCUCACUGGACUGCUGGAAUCUGGUAAUGACUAAGAGACUUUGCUGAGCAUAAGGACUCAGGACAGGACUCAAAAUCAUCUCCUUGUAGUGAGUUGAAAAAGAGGUUAGAAAACUUUGCAUGCAUUUAUACAAAGACUAUCAUGUAGAGCAAUACAGCGUUACACGUACCAUCCAUUCAUACUUGCUGGGAUCUUUUCACAUGCUGCUCUUCAAUGAAUCACAUUAAAAGACGGCAAACCUAGACUAGAUUUUCAUUCAAAUGAUGCCUCUUGAUGAUCUAUCCCUGUCGGUAUCCUGCAAAGUUUGGCAGGAGGAGCUUUAGAUAAUUUUUCUGUUUUCCUAAUAUUUUGUAAUCAUGCCUGACCCUGGAGGAGGGUUAGAAAAAAGAUGUACUCUUUUUGUUGAAGUAUUGUUCAGACAGGAAGACUCAACAACCCAAAGCUUUUUAAAAAACUUUUUAACCAGAAAGUUUCUUUAUUUCCUAGAACUUCUACAGUCAGUGUUUUGGAGAUGACACUUUAAUGAUGAUCAAGGAUUCUACACCAGUCAACCGGAAACAGCUGAACCCCAACAAGGUGUGUCUUUGUGUCUGUUGCUUCUCGAUUUUUGUCUGUAUGUGAAUUAACAGAUAUUAAAGAUCCUGUGAAGAAUUUUAGCCGGUUAUGAAACAGACUGAAAUUAACUGGGAUACUGUUGUAUGACUGAAAAUUCUUGGUUGUAAUUUUAAUGCCUGAAACCACAAUGAGAGGGAGAGGUUUCUGACUAAAAUGUGUUCGAUGCACUUAAGAAGGCUUGGUCCAGAGAGGGUGUCAGAAAAAACUCAAACACAAAAUUCCUUACAGGAGCUUUAAUGAUGACUAUGGUCAGACUGUAAACUUAACAUCACCUGAUGCUGAUGUUAUGAUACGAAAAGCAUUUGCUACAGAGGAAAAUGCUGAUUGACACAAAUGUUUGAUUUGCUCGGUAGCAAAUAUCCAAAAUCUACCCAUUAACAGUGAACGACUCCCCCUCUUUAGGCAUAUAUCCAGAUCACUUAUGUGGAGCCCUACUUUGAUGACUAUGAGAUGAAAGACCGGUUGACAAACUUUGAGAAAAACUUCAACCUGCGGCGCUUCAUGUACACCACACCUUUCACCAAGAGCGGGCGACCCCGGGGUGAACUCAACGAGCAGUACAAGAGGAAGACCAUCCUCACCACCAUGCACGCCUUCCCCUACGUCAAAACUCGCAUCAAUGUCAUCCAGAAAGAGGAGGUGAUGAUCAACUCAGGAUGUUUGGUGUUUAGCAGCUCUGAAGUCAGUUUUACAGCAUGAUCUCUGUUUUUGAAAUUCCAGUUUGACCUGACUCCCAUUGAAGUGGCCAUAGAGGACAUGCAGAAGAAGACUAGAGAGCUAGCCGUGGCCACACAUAGAGAACAACCUGAUGCUAAGAUGUUGCAGAUGUUGCUGCAAGGCUCUGUGGGAGCUACUGUUAACCAGGUACAAACAUCAUCAUGAAUGGAGAUGUUUCUCCUAUUUUACACUGCUGCCUGUCUGCCUCUAUUAUAGCUAAAAUGAUCACUUACCGGUACUUCGUGUUUAGCAAAAUGAUGGCUGUCGUCCCAAAGUGAUUGCUCCUUUAUUUCACGCAGCCCUUUUUGUUCUCCCUGAGUGUUCCUUCUUAAUGUGUGGGGGGAAAUAAAGCAGAAUAAUUUACCCCUAUUUAUCUUAUCACAUUUACAGUUCCCAUUGUAGUCGCAGAGUGCAGGUGGGAGACAUGACAGCGAUCAUACAUCAAAGCCCUCGCCCCAUCCACAAGCCUAAUCCUGCUUUUGCUUUUCCCCUGAUUUAGUUAAAACGUCAAUUCAUGGCCCCCUUUUCCUUUCAUGUCUCCGCUGCACGCCAUGCUGAACCGGAGGUCUCUUUGAUCUGAUAGCUUCCAGGUCCUGCCAGCAUGGUGAAUGUUGGAGUAAUGAUGAAGCUGGCUACAGUGUCUCCACUCUCUCCUCCCCCCUCUGCGCUUUAUCUUCCAGCGUCUAAUCUGACAGGUCCCUCGCUCCAUCCUGAUGGUUGUAUACAUAACACUAAUGCUCAACAGCUCCGUAAACAUGUAAGUCUUGACUGUAAUCAGUACAGAAGACUGGCUUUCUGUGUGUGGGUCCGCAGCUCUAACCGAGGACUGAGGCCCAGGCCCUAAUGCGUUUAUGAUGCUAAUCAAAGCUGUUUAACUGUGCCUGUCGUGAUACAGGCGCUGAGCAAGCGUGCUGUGGUUUUAUGAUGAAUAUAAGUUAGGAUAACAAGAUCUCAUACUGGGCAAAUGGAAGCCAAAUGGUUAAUGCAGUGACAUUAGCCAUGCAGGAUGCUAAUCAUGGCCCCGUCUUGGAUCUGAUAUCUUCCUCAUGUUCUAGUUCAGCAUGUGGGCCCUCAGCUGCAUUAUGCAUCCGCUUUAGAAGUCAUUUCCCCCUGUCUGAAUGAAGGGCAUUCUCAUCCCUCCUUUGUUCCUACACUCUCAAACGCUUCCCCUCUUACCUCCUCUCUUUCCUUCCUCCGCCUUGGUUUUGCUCUCUCUUUCUUUGUGUCUCUAACUUUGUCUCUUUGUUGUUGUCCCUUUCCUCCUCUCUCCGCCCCCUGUUCUAGGGCCCAUUGGAGGUGGCCCAGGUCUUCCUGAAUGAGAUCCCAGCGGACCCCAAGCUCUUCCGUCACCACAAUAAACUGCGCCUGUGUUUCAAAGAGUUUAUAAUGAGGUAAGAUAUGAUCAAAGAAACACCGCCCAGUGACAACGCACUGCACCAAAGUCAGGCAAAAAAAUGCGCAACAACUCUGCAAAAAUCCAGGAAAACAAGAACUUUUUAUGAUGAGCAAUUUAAGUGAAGUAUGUUCCUCAUCUUUUUACCUUGAAUUUUCAUUUCUGCUGUCUUGUUAUUAUUACCAGUGGCUAAGGUUGGCUCAGUGGGAAGAAAUAUUAAAAAAGAACAUCAAAGAGAAAAUUCAUGACCUUCUUUUCUUCAGAUAUGUCUUUGAAGGAUUGAGAAACUUUUCCAGAGUGUUCUCUGUCAACAUUAAUACUGCUGCCAGUAAAAGAAAAUAAAAGAGUAGCACCGACAAUUGUGACUGAUGGAGACUUAUAUCCAGCCAUUAAAGCUAAGUGUCAGUCAGAAGGUAGCAUUGGAGGUGACAAACUUCUCCAAAUUGCACAAAAGAUAACCGUCAAAGAAACUUAACAGGUGCAGUAAUGACAGUAAAAGAUAAUAGAACCCAUCGAGAGUUGAUUUUAUUUCAUUGCCCAAAUGAAAGUGAAAUAUAUAUAUUCAUUGCUACACUCUUUUUCUUCUAAAAUGAAAAAGGUUUAUUGUUCCCAAGAGCCUCAUUUUAUGUUGAAUGUUUCAAAUAUAAAUUAAACCACUCUAUUCACAGCACACAGCCGGAGGAUAUGCAGAUUUUGUGCAGCAGAUGUGUCAUUUGUGCAGGUGUGCAUGUGUGUCUAUAUGCGUUUGCGUCAGUCUCGAGGGCAUGUGCCAUUUGUUACAGAAAGGCGAUUUUCAUUUACUAGCCCUCACGUCACACUCCAUCAGCCGUGAUUGCUGUUAGCAAGUUGGCAAAUAUUUACUGUAAUUUUAGAAAGGUUUAUUUUUUAUACUUAAUCCCAAAAAGCUGGCACUCUAGCCUGUUCAUGUCAGUCUUCUUUAAUGUGGUGUUCCAAGGAAAUAUGCUCAACAAAACCCAGGUCCUUCUUUUUUUUGAUGAUCUAUUUUCUUCAUACUUGCUUGACAUUGUUUGGGCCUCAGCAAACAUCUUGGCAAAUCAAAUCUGUAACUAUUUCAAAUAAUUCGGUGUAGCUGUAGACUCUUUAUGGUGACUAGAUGCACUUUGAUGUUUACUCUGGGUCUGUGUGGUGAAACUGCAUCAACAAAGCCUGUGUUUAUUCUUUUAUUAUUCUACUAUAUCUUUGUGCAAAUUGAAAUUUUACAUAUUUUAUUCCCUACUCUUUGCAUAGUUUUUCCUUCAUAUGAGACAGAACCUUGUUCACUCUUAAAAGGUUAGGAAUCCCAGGAAACAGAGGUUUGCAGGAGUCCUAACGUAAUGUUCUGUCAGGGUUAUGAAGCGAUGAAAUGGCACCAAAAUGGAACUUGUCUGGAUGAAAACAAACAUUUAUUCUAGAGAGCCCUUAACUACUCUAAACUUAAGAGGAUAAUCUACCAACUUCUCAAAAAUUGUCAAUUAGACUUGUGUAGACUUAGGUCCAUAUAGCAAUUUGUGGAAUGUAACUGACAGCAACACUUUACUUGACGCGUAUCUCUGUAACACAUUAUAAAUAUAUGUAUAAUGCGUUAUAAUCACGUUAUAAGACUGUAUAACUAUAGUUAUAAACACUCAUAAAUGAUCAUAAUGCUUCACAACAAUGAUCAUAACACAUUAUAAAGCAUUUUAUCAUGACUUACAAGGUCAGGUAUUAUAAUUUGUUAUAACUGUUGACAACUCACUGACAAUGCCCACAUAGAUUAUGUAUUAUACAUAUAUUUAUGAUGUGUUAUAAUUUGCUUAUAAACUUGUAUAACUAUCAUUUUAAGCACUUAUUAAUAAUCAUAAGGCUUUAUAACAAUAAGCAUAACACAUUAUAAUACUUGACCUUGUAAGUCAUGAUAAAAUGCUUUAUAAUGUGUUAUGAUUAUUGCCUGAAAGCAUCAUGAUCAUUUAUGAGUGUUUAUAACAGUAGUUAUACAGUGUUAUAACGUGAUUAUAACGCAUUAUACAUAUAUUCAUAAUGCGUUAUAGAGAUGGGCGUCAAGUAAAGUGUUACCUAACUGACAAUAUCUUGAGAUUUAGAGCACUAGAAAACAGUCUCUGAGUAAGAAAACCUUGACAUUAUAGACACUUAUCAGUGGAAUUAAUUUGAAAUAUUUUAAACUAAGCAGUCAAGUAUGGUGCAACACAUCAUAGCUUAAGAAACUCUUUUACUUUCAUAAACUGUAAUAGGCAUUGGCUGGGGUAUUUAUUGUAUUCUGUUACACAACAGCAGUUUCCAUAUUACCCUCAUUAAAUGCUGGGAGAUAAAGUCAGACAUGUGUUUGCAAUAAUCCCAGUCUCCAUGAUUUCCUGCAGACUGCUCUGUUAGUUGGUCAUUAUACAUGCCAUGAUAGAGACCCCAUACCCGCCCUAUGCACCUCACCCAGGCCUGAUGCUUUUCUUGUCUUUCAUGAAACAUAUUUUUUGACUCCAACACACAAGAGAGAAAAAAAAUUCUGUUAGUUAUUUAAUAGUUGGCAUUUUACCUCCACUGCUCAUUUAUCAUGUUUCGAAAUAGCCCCGUGGGUCAUUUACAGUUUAUUCUUGUAGAAAGAUCUAAAAGGCAUAUGGGAGUUCCUUACAGUAAAGCACAUUGUUAACUCAUGCAGAUUUCUGGCAUGUAAAGGAGUCCAAUUUAUGUCAAGUAGUCACAGGUUAUCAUUAGCAUGAAACAGUCCAGUGCUUGUCUGAGGACUUGGGAAUAGAGAGGGGAUUACUGCCGCAUUGGUUUGCAUAGAACCGCAGUUGGAGCUGUUCUUAAGUUUGAGGUAAUUGCAUCAUAAAGGUCAAGAAGUGUAUUACACUCUUGAUCCAUCUCAUGCAAUUUCAUAUGAGUAAGUGUGUUCCUCUGCUCUCUGUUGUGUAGGUGUGGGGAGGCAGUUGAGAAGAACAAGCACCUCAUUACAUUGGACCAGAAAGAGUACCAGCAGGAGCUGAAGAAGAACUACAAUAGACUGAGGGAGAGCCUGAGGCCCAUGCUGGAGAGGAAGAUCCCUGAGCUGUAUAAACCCAUCAUCAGGCCCAGGCUGGAGAACAGGUAAACAGAGCCAACAAACAAAACAGCCAAUUCUGUUUUGACAAGAGAGUCUGGAGGGAUAAAAACACAUCAUUGAUCUUUUCAUCACAUUGUAUGAUUGCUGAACCUAAAGGAAAGUGAGAGCAAAUGGAAUCGAGCAGAGAUCCAUUCACACUGUGUGUGUCCCCUCCACCAAUAUUGAUAGCUGAACCACAGCCACAGUACACAGACUGAGUGUUGAAGCUAUGCUUUAUGUUUUCCGAGAGACUAUUUUCUCACUAAGUGCUUUUAUUAGCAACUAGGAUAAUCUUGAAUCAAUCUUGCAUUAAAGCCUUUUUUGCAAGAUUGAGCGUGUGUUUUAGGGGAAUACUGUCUGUCAUAUUUAGGACCCCCAAAAUGUAAAUCUAGCUUUUAAACAAAACCCAAAAGAGGACAGGUGUUAGCAACAACAGAACAUUAUAAAUUCCUGUGAAGGGGAAUGAAAGUAAAAAUAAUGAACUGUUCAAAGAAGAAUUCCUGAAUAAGUUUCAAGUUUGCAACCAAGAUGACACAAUGACAUACUGCACGACACAAAUGUAAGUGCGACUGCUACAGAAGGGCACAUGGAGUUUGCGGACCUCUCUAUGGGAUAGUUUUCAGUCUUAAACUGACUUAACAAACAGCAUUUUCACAAGCUUUGUUUGUUUCUCUAUUGGUUUGUGGAGCGUCUUGUUUGUUUCAUCACACUGCAUGUUUCAUUUUGCCAACCAUAGAGCUAUCAUAACCAGAUAAAUAAAAACCAGAGCUUAUUCAUCAGCUGGAUCAAAAUUCUCUCUGAAUUUAAUGGGCUCUUCUGUGCUCAUGCCGCUCCUUUCACCAUGCAAUUCAAGCCGCUGUUUUCACCAUAUCUUUUGAACUGAAAACAUAACCCCCAUUGUUGCUAAUUUAUCCAAGUAUAAUCGACUGUCAAGUUAAACUGCCUGGAUCUAUUAAUAGAAGAUUGAUACCAGUUCAAAAUGCAAUGAACUUAAAAUUCAACACCACAGCCAAUCAUAACAUAACCAUAUCUAACAACUGGACCUUUGUGAAACAUCAUAUCUAAAUAUGGUAGAAAAGAUGCUUCUGGAAAGAUCUUAGAUCUUGGCAUUAAUGACUAGGAUAGCAUUUUAAAUUUAGUAUUUAAGGUUAAACAAAGCAUUUAAUGAACUCAAAAUUACUAUUAUUUAUGCCUUUGUCAUUGAAACAUUCACCUUACACAUCUUGUUCGCGCUACCUGCAUCGCCUAUCAUAGACAAUUUAAUUACUCCUCGUGUCCUGUUUUUCUUUUCUGCUUUCAUCUUACGUCUUCUCUCUCUCACAGGGAUUCCUUCAAACGUUUAAGUUUUCGCAGAACCCCAGAAGAAAACUCCUGAGGUGCCACAGCUUGUCAGAGAAAGAGAGAGAGAGCGAGAGCUACGGGGAGUAAAGGGAGUCUGACAACUGAGAAAGGACAAAAAGAAGAUAAAAGAGCACAAAAAACAAGGAAGGGACAUGCUGAUGAUUCCCCUACACUCUUCUGCACUGGAGAAGCACAAUGUGUCCAUAAUGACAGACAGUUUCUCAACAGUCCAGCAGUGGUUAUUAAUGUCUGCUUUUAGCACACUUUUAUGAUUUUGUGGUUGUUUGUUACAGGAGGCAAAGCAGACUGAACAUGUACAUUAGAAGGGUGGGAAUCCUAAGGCGAGUGUAGCUUUCAGAGCAUUUCACUGUAAAAUCUUCAGAUGCUUUAGCUCUGUUGAUUUCCUUUUUUUCUGAAUAACUUCAAGUCCUAAUAAUGCUGCAGUCAUUUCCUCUGGGUUGGUCAAGAAGGAAUCCUUCUAAAAUUCCUGCUGUCCCAGGGACUGUGUGUGUGUGCCAAUAAUGCUUGUGACCAGUCUGUAUGAGUGUAAAUGUGUGAAUGGAUGUUUACUUUGGUAAUGUUUGAGAUAGAAGGUAUUGGUGCCAUACUGAAGUCACUUUGUACUCAGUGAUGAUAAAUAAUUCUGUUAUGUGCUAACAGGCCUUUGAAAUUCUUACUGUGUGUGACAUGUGCUGGUUAGAAUAACAAGUGUAUUGAUUGAUUUGUGCACUGGAAAAGUGGACAAAAUAUAAUUUGUAGAGGCCACUCUUGUCUUAUUUUUGCUGGGAAAAUAAAGCCUAGCUGUGUAGCUAAUCAAAGACUUUAACUUAUUAAGUGUUAUUUCAAAGGAGGCCAUUAGACUUAUCUAAGGCUCUAAAUUACACAUAUCUUACUUGUAAUUCCACAUUUUGUACAUAUUAGAGGUAUUGCAUCAAAUAGUAAUGAAGAGGUUUACAAAGGUAUGAAAAAUUAUUUUGCAUUUUAUUUUGUUGAAAGGUAUUUUUAGAGAAAUUAUAGCAAUAAUAAUUACUAGUGAAACUACUAUUCAGUAGGCAGAUUCCAGAGUGUACUGAGACAGUCUCACUAUCAGUUUCCAGUAGUUCCAGUACAGGUCUGCAAAUAGUCUGCAUACAGUAUAGUAGUGCCAAAUUAAUUUAUGUAGGAGCCAAACUAAAAAUGCAAUACUUUGAAAAUUCCUUGCUGUGUGAAUUAUGUUUACUCCAUUUUUAAAACACAUUCCAGUGGGAAAACGUAUGACUGCUCUGCAGUAUUAUAUUGUAAUAACCUUAUUUUGAUAGACAUUCAUGACAGCACUUUUCCCAGUUGUCAAGUUGCAGCUUAUACUGUAUUUCAAUAAAUGUGAUUUGUGUUUCAAAAACGGAUGUUCUUUUUGUCUACCUUGAUAAUACUCAUUCGAUCAUGUUAUGCUCUGUUUCAAGGUACAUCCCCUAUUUAUGAACUGUUUGAUAUUUUAAUGGCUGAAUUAGAUGAAAGGCUGACAACAAUGUGUAUUAUUAAAAAAGUACACCUGCUUUUGAAACACAAUGCAAUGGGCUAUAAGCUGGUGUUACUCAACAUAUGUGGCUUUUAUCCACUGGAGACUGCAUUUAUGUUCAUCGGUCAGUUUGUGUUAUCAUUUUUGUGUUUUAUCAAAUGUGGAGUUCUAACAUGUCAUAGCCUACCGCUGAAACCCUGAAACAUGAAAACACCAAUAAAACCUAUGCACAUUUGUCA